GCCGGCGUUUGAACGGAAUGGAGCUAGCAAACAUUCUACAAUAUGGAUAUGUAUUAUUGACAGGUGGACGGGAUACCCAAGGUGGACCAGUGGUCACCCUCCCCUCUAUGCACAACAGGAACGACCCCAGCCCAGACGAACUUAUCCUCUGCUUGAGAUACCUCAUACAGAUACCCACUGAAGAGACAAAGAAGAAAGGUUUUACCGUAAUUGUGGACACAAGAGACGGCUCCUGGGCCAAUCUGAACAUGAUGCAGUCCUGCUUGCAGCAAACCAUCAAUGGUUUCUUGAAACAGGUUUUGGUUGUGGUUCAUGAAAACGACAAAAGAGCCAACCAAGACAAAACAGCAGCCCAGGAGCCUCGAUUUGUGACCUUGAAUGUUCUGCAUAGAUACAUCGACCCAAAACAGCUCACCUUUGAUUUGGGAGGUCAAAUGGAAUAUAAUCAUGACGUCUGGCUCAGAACACAGCUGGGUUAUGAACAAUUCAUGAAGGACGCCCAGACCACAGUGGAUCACCUGGACAGCCAGGAGUCUGAAAUACAACAGUCUUAUGGGUCAACUGGCAAGGGGGAGCCUCCUUCAAGUCCGCUGGAGGCCUUAAGAAAACACAGACAGUUCAAAGAUGCUAUCAAGACAGUUCCAACUGAGGUCAUAAGACAGGGUCAAGACCUCCUGGAGUCCUUGCAACAAAAUGGAUUUAGUGGAUACAUGGACAGUCAAGGCCUUGUGCCAACACUAGAUAAUCUAGAAGCUCAAAAACAGGUGAAGAGGAUAUUACAGUAUCUGACCAGUAGAGUGGACAAGCUCCAAGACUUUCUAGAAGACAGAGACAAAUCUCUCAACUCCAAUAUUCAAUAUGAAGAAUGGAAACGCAACACAAAAACAGUGGUGAACUGGGUGCUAGGCCCAGGGGAAAAACUGCUGGCAUCACAGAGUGACAUUGGAGACUCCUACCAAGCUGCCGAGGAACUGAGGAAAAGACAUGAAGAGAUGGAGAUCAAGUGUACUGAUACGUAUGGUCAGUAUGCUGAAUUACGACACACAGCGGAGGAAAUACUGGAGGAAGGGAUAUCAGCAGAGGACGACCUCAAGGCUGAGAGGGACUACAUGGAUACAGUGUGCAGAAGUUUUGCCUCAAGGCUGGACAGAAGGAGGACUCUGUUGAUAACCUCAGUCAGGUUUCAUAGAUUUGCUGAAGAUUUCUCCAAAUGCCUUGACGAGCUGCUGGAACUCCUCUGUAGUGACAUCAGGGCGGAUACAGUGGAGAUGGUGGAGGAGGCCAUGAAAGUCCUCCAGGACAAGUGUGACACUUGUGAUAAAGUAGCAGAGGAAAGUUUGAAUGAAGGUCAAAGUCUACUGGAUGAAAUGUCAAGGCCAAUCAAAAAUGCCUUUGGUAAAGAUAUCACCCCAGACUACGCCAGCAAGAUCAAGUACAUCAACAAAAGGUUGGAGGAGCUUCAGGAGAGAAAGAUGAGGUGUGAUGAGUUGGCAGACGUCAGGAAGUUAAAGCUGCAGCAGUUUCUGCAGCUGAGGACUUGUGAGAGGGACACUGACCAGGCCAUUGAUUGGAUUAACGAGCUGUGUGAUGUCAUGGUGACCACACACACAGAUAUGGGACAGAGUGCAGAGGAAGCUGAAGCUUUGCAUGAAGAGCACAAAAAAUUUGAGGCAACAGCUCUGGGUACUUAUGAGUAUGGUAAACAACUGCUGCAGGCUGCGUUGGUCCUGCGCAGAUCUCUGAGACAGGAAAUUGAACCAAAUCAUGAUCAAGCGAGGAGACUGGAAGAGGCUUGGAAAAGAUUUUCUCAGGGAACGUAUGAGAGGACCAAUCGCCUCACAGUUUCUGUAAUGUUCUUAAAUGAAUCUGACAAACUGAUGAAACAAAUGGAUGAUUUUAUCACAGCCUGUGCUAGAGCCCUGGCAGGGGAAGACAGUCUUGAUGACGCUGUCAGAAAUCUGCCCCUUCCUAAAUCUCACAUUGACAAAGACUACAACAAUGCUAUGCAAAUGGGCCAAACCCUGGUUGAUCGGCUGGCUAAACCAAUUAUUGUAGUGGAAGGAGACGAGAAAAAGCUGACCAUGGAUGAGGAAGGUGCGGCUGAGACUGUCGGCAAUCACCUGAAGAAGCUGGAUAGAAAAAUGGAUGAAACUGACCACUACUGGGAAACACUGAUCAACGCUCAAGCAGAUCCUAAAUUUCAACCUAAAACUGUUCACACGCUCGAGAGAGUUCCAUCAGAGAAAAAGGAGAAAAGAAUGCCAAGAAUUCCAAGAAAACGACGGCCCCCUCAGACAGAGGAAAAACGCAGAAAAAGUGAUCCUUUUGGCAUUGCAUCAAGGAAGAAGGCAGCUCCUGACCAGAAUGGUGACCAGACUGCCCCAACCCCAGCUAGACGGGGACCUUCUUUGGAUGAGAAUGCUAAUAACAUGAAAUCAUACGAAAGUGCACCAAUGCCUGCAAGUGACAGAAGAGCACAGAACAUCUCAUUUGACAACAGCCCAGCCACACUGAGAAGCCCUGAAAACUACAGCAGAUCCAUGCCAGACAACCAGUAUCAGCAGCGUGGGCAUGAGCUCUCACCAACAUCACCAGCAGACAAGUUCCAGUCAGAAACAGCGCCACUUGUCAGCUCCGCCACGACUGAACUGGCUGAUCCACUCUACAGCAAUCAGCCACUCCAGCCCCGAAGACACACCAGCAUCCUAGACCUAGACUGGCAGGCUCCCAUGUACAACCCCAGAGCCUCCCUGCGAGACCAGUUAGAGCAGAGCUCAGAAUGGGUGCGUGUCAGAGUUCACCAGAUGGAACCUGACCUUAUGGAUGUAGGUUCCAAUCUUGAAGAAGCUCUACAGUUACAGCGAGAACACGAUCAACUCAUUGCUAGACUAAAGUCAAAAGAGGAUGAGGUUCAACAGUUGCUCAGAAAUAUUGAUGCACAAGCUGACCAGAACCGCUCACAAGUGGAUGUACAUAAUGCUAUGGCAGACACGCUUGCUGAAGCCUGGAAGGACCUCAAUGACAAGCUAGCAUAUAGGGGAACACUUUUAGAACAGAGUGUAGCAUUCCAUCAGAGUGCACAAGAUUUGGCAUCAUCUAUGGAACAAGCACAAAAGAACUUUUCUAAAGUACCCCUAGCAUCAGAUGUAGAAACAGCACAAAGACUUUUAGACCAACAUCUUGACAUGAAAAAUAAUAUUCUUGAGACAUCAAAAGCCACCCUUGAUAUGGGCCAGUCCCUGCUAGACCAGAUUAAAGAGAUGGGUAUGCAUGCGGACUUUGCCAACCUCCACGCCACCACAGCAGCCUGCUAUGGCAUUGAACACCUUCUGGAGCUGCUGCAUGAUCGCAGACGCCACCUUGAAGAAUUGUGGAACCAACGCAAGAUUAGACUUGAACAUUGCUUGCAGCUCUGUCAACUUGAUCAGGAGGUUAAUAAGAUCUUAGAAUGGUACCGUGGAGUAGGCAACAAUUAUUUACAGAACACCGAACUGGGUUCCUCUUAUAGUGAGGCCCAACAAAUACAGCAAGACCACAACCAGUUUGAGGCACAAGCCAGAGAUAUCCAAGAGAGCAUGCUUGGACUUCUCAGGACUGCUGAUGGACUUCUGCGACGAGCUAGUGUCGAUGCAGAAGGAAUUCGUCAGCGCCUCAUUGCAGUAGAUCGCGAGGCAGAAAGCUUCUCAAACCGCCUUGACAACAGACGUAAAAAUAUUGGCAUGGCGGUGGCUUUCUUCAGACUUGCAGAAACGGCUCUAAAUAAACUAAGAGAUGUGGAGUUCCAACUGAACAACAUGGAUCUCCCAAGAAACAGCGCAGAGUUAGCAGAGCAACAUUCACGUUUAUCUCAGGCCAUCGUUGAUUAUUCAACCGAAGCGACCCACGAAGGUCGGCUGCUACUUGAGAGGGUCAGUAGCACCGAUCAAGGGGCGGAUGGCGUGAGACGAAAGAUGGAUGAGCUCAUGGCUAAAUGCACACAAUUGGAAUCUCUGUGCAAGGCAAGACGUGCUGAGGCAUGGCAGCGAAGUCAGGAGUAUCUUUCUUAUCAAGAGAAAUACAACAGUCUCCAGACCUGGCUUCACCAAAUAGGACAGAACAUUGUCUCUCGCCACAACUCCAUGGGAACAAGCCUUGCCAGUGCUAAAGACUUUUUAGAAGUACAUGAACAACUAGAUGAAGACAUCAGGGACAAGAAUGCAGAGUUAUCUGCCUUGUCUAGUGCAGCCUCAAGACUGGUUCAAUCAGGGGACCAGGCAGGACAACAAGCUGCAGAAAAGGCAAAGGAAACAGAACAACAAUAUCAGAGAUUGCAACGUAUCGUUGAGACUCGCAUUCAGUUGGCCCUGAUGUACGUCUCUUUUCAUCGACUCGCGCAGCAGCUUUCUAGUAACCUUGAUGGGCUGGAACAUAUUGUACGGUCAGAAACAGAAGAUCUUCAAGAAAUUACUGAUUCAGCUGUACAUAAACUGCGUGAAAUGUUUUCGAACACAAGACAUAUUUUCGACGACCUCAACCUUAAGGGGAAAGAAUUCUUGCAAAAUGCAUCUAUGAUAACUGAUGACUCAACCCUAGAUCUUCGAAGCUCUGUUCAAACAGUGGAGAGGAUUUUAGAAGACAGCCGCUUCUCUUCAGUAGUUAACUACUGGGAGGCUUGGGAACAACAUGUUAUCUCGAGUAAACAGUUCAAAUCACAAUGGCAUCAGUUUAUACAGGAAGCUCGAAGGACCAUUGAUUACGUAAUGAAGCUAGAGAAGGAAUUUUUCCUACCCUAUAUAUCGGGUACACUUGCCAACACAAUGGAGAAGGCUAGGGAACUACAAGAAAAAUUGGAUGAAUUUGUGCCUACCUCUAAGGAAGCUCAAGUCAAAAUUGAAGAUCAUAUUAAAACUGCUGAACUUCUUGGCCUGAAAGGAGAUACUAAAGGACAAAAAGACCAGAUCAUUAAUGAGUUGAUCAAGGUUCAUCAAAGGUUCCAGGCCAGGAUUAAUGAAUAUCAACUGUUACUAAAGAUGACCAUUGAAUUCUACAAACAUAUUGGACAGCUGGAUGAUAUGAUUGAGAGGACAGAGAAGGAAUAUCUACAUUCCAACCUUCCAAGUGAUCUGAACCAAGCUGAGUCUAUGCUAGAACAACACAAACGCAAGAAGACUGAGGUCUCACAGUUUAUUAAUUACACCGCCGAGGAGGGCGAUAGAAUAGUUCGGCGUGUGCGCCAGCAGGAUGCUAGUGCCGCCGCAUCUGAUGACGUCCGUCAUGUUUUGGAUGUCACUGCUGAAACCAGGCGUCGAUGGGAUGAUUCAUGGGAAGAGCAGGAACGGCGCCUGAGACAAAACCUGCAAAUUUGUCAAUUUAAUUUUGACCUUAGACAGAUCCAUUCUGAGAUAGAUCAACUUCAUCAACAUUUACAAUCAAGAAGAGGAAACUAUGGCACCUCUUUACCCAAUGCUCAGAUGACCUCACAGACUUUCAAAGAGUUUGAGAAAACUGUUGAAGUGAUUGAGGACAAAAUUCACAGCUUCAUCAGUACUGCUGAACUAAUGGUACAAGAUGAGCACUAUGACUCAGAUAAUAUUAGAAGAGAAGCUGAUGUUCUUCGAAACAAAUGGAGCUCUUUUCAUGCUGGAGUUAAAGAUUAUAGAAACCAGCUCGAUUCUAGUAUUAGAUACUUCACAUUGAUAGAAGAGUGUGAGCUUUGGAUGCGUGAAGGAAGCCAGCUGCUCAUUGACACAGGACAUCAAGCUCCACAGUGCAAGACUCCCCAAGAAGCAGAAAAUCUUAUCAAAAACCUUGAGAAAUUUGUUGAAAAAGGCAAAUCUAAACAAGAGGAAAGACUGCAAAAGAUUUCUGAAUUAGCAGUUAAACUUUAUGGUGAACAGGGAGCAAACAAAGUUCGACCUCUAGUUAUUCAGUAUCAAGACAUGAUGCAAUCAUUUGAACAGGCAGAUAAUGAGCUUUCCAAUCUCAAAGAUAACUUGGAAGGAAAAUCACCUGUCUCUGUUGAUGAGUUUAUGCCAAAGGAUGUCAGUACAAGAGUUGCUGCUCCUUUACCCAAAGUAAAACCACCCAAAAUCAUCCAGCACUUGAAAAAUGCUGAAGUUAUGGAGGGUGAAAAGUUUACAUUUGAAUGCCGAGUUGACAGUGACCAAGUUCCUGAGGUUCGUUGGUACAAGGAUAAUCUACCACUGACUAGUCCAGACUAUGAAACACGAUUCAUGAAUGGUGUAGCCACUCUGACUAUUGAAGAAACAUUUUCUGAAGAUACAGCACGCUACACUUGUCGCUUCACAAAUGAAGCUGGUAUGGCUGAGUCUUCAGCUUAUCUCACUGUUAAAGAGACCCACCAACAGAUCUUACCCCCUGAGUUUACCAGAAACUUGAAAUCUGUUGACGUACCUGAAGGUUCACCUUUGUCUUUUGAAUGUCAUGUUGUUGGAAUCCCUUCCCCAUCUAUAUCAUGGUACAUGGAUGACAUAAACAUUGACAACUCACCCGAGUUUAUCAUUACCAAAAUCAAUGGCACUUGCACGCUCAAGAUUCGCCAAGUCCAGCGCCAUCACAGUGCCCGGUACACAUGCCGGGCCAUCAACCCUGGUGGUGAAUCUUCAUCUUCAGCCAGACUUACAGUCAUACCAACACAAGUUCCUACUAUUCAACAACCACUGCAAGAUGUUUCCUCUCCUGAAGGCAAGACACUUCAUCUAGAGGUUAGGUUUACUGGUGCACCACCACCAGAAGUUAUCUGGUUUAGAGGCAGCAACCGCAUCGUACCAAAUAACAUGUACAAGAUUACUGUGACGACCAACUAUUCAUCUCUGGAUAUUCGUGAAGCUUACACAGAAGACUCAGGGUCAUAUACUGUGAUAGUUCGUAAUGUAGCUGGUGAAGCUACUUCUGUUUGCCAAGUUGUUAUUGAACCAUUCUAUUCCAGUCCUGGUGAUGAAGCAUCCCAGGCAUCAGCAGAUUUGGAAUCUCACCCACCUCAAUUUGUACAAAAACUUCCACCCACCAGGGAAGUUCCUGAAGGAACAAGAGUUCGUUUAGAUUGCAUACUGGUUGGACACCCUGAACCAGAGGUGAUUUGGUUCAAGAAUGAGAAACCUGUCAAAGAAUCCCCAGACAUCCAACUACUGUUUGAAGGAGAUAGGUGCACUUUAGUCAUAAGAGAGGCUAUGCCAAAUGACAGUGGAUACUUUAAAUGUGCAGCUAGAAACCCACAGGGAGUUGCAGAAACCAGCUGUAAGCUUCAUGUUGAGCCUGUAAGUGAACUCAGUGACGUAUCUGUGUCUGAAGUGGCAGCACCCAGGUUUACCCAGCCCUUAAGAGACCAGAAUGUUAAAUCUGGACAACGUGUUUGCCUGCAGUGCCGUGUGCUGGGCCACCCAUUGCCUUCAGUGACAUGGUACAGAGAUAACCACCCACUGGAGAGCUCACCAGACUUCCAGAUCACUGCCUUUGCUGAUGUCCACUCUCUGACAAUCCCUGAAGUGUUUGAUGAAGACAGUGGCAACUACACAGUCAAGGCUGUAAACAGAGCUGGAGAGGCCAGCUGCCUAGCCAAGCUAACUGUGGAGCCUGUGCCAGAAGAGGGACCCAUGGAGAGGAAGAGAGUAGGCAAACGAGAGCAUGUUCCUCAAUCACCACCUGAGUUUACUAAGCUCUUCCAGGACAUCGGUGCCAAACCAGGAGAUUCUGUCACCUUUGAGUGUACUAUCACUGGUGUGCCAAAACCAAAGAUAACCUGGCAAUUCAAUGGAGAACCAUUGGUCUCCCAGGACUACAUCCCUAGUAUGGAAGGAGACACCUACCGUCUACUUAUUCCAGAAGUUUUUGAUGAAGAUGCUGGUAGAUUUUCCGUCACAGCUGAGAAUCCCAGUGGAAAAGCUACUUGUUCUGCUCUGUUGACUGUAGAGCCAACAAUGCCUUUAGUACCUGUCACAAGACCUACAGUACAGAGAACCAAAAGACCAGAUUCUGGUGACAUGCUUGAUGGUUACCCAUCAUGGUCAGAAUCAGAAAUCACUCAAACUGUGACAAAGACAGAGAAACGUGUCAGUCAUACUUUCAUGUCAGAAGAGAGGUACAUGUCCUCUGGAGGAGAAAGCCACCACUCUACAACCAUAAUGACAGAAGUUAAGCCGAAGAAGCGCAUGACUGCACUUGAGAGAUACGCCACUACCAUCACCACAGAUAUCCCUCCAAAAUUCCAACCAGUAGACUUGACUAUCAUGGUCCCUGUACCACCAAACUUUGUCCAGCCUCUGAGGAGCAUGCAAGUAACAGAGGGAACCAGAGUUACUUUUGAAGGCAUCAUCACUGGUAAACCAGAGCCUGUGAUUCGUUGGUUCAGAGCAGGGAAGCAACUCUCUGACCAAGCUGAUUUUGAAAUUUCAUACUUUAAUGGUCGUGUGGCACUCACCAUCCCAGAAGUGUUCACAGAAGACAGUGGUCACUUCACAUGCACAGCAGAAAACCAAGCAGGCAAAGCAUCCAGCACUGCAGAACUGGUUGUCAGAGCUACCCUGGUGCCACCUGGUUUUACUGAAAAGUUGAAGACAGAACAUGCUCAUGAAGGCGAGCCUAUCAGACUGGUUGUCAGGGUAACAGGUGAUCCUGUUCCUAAUGUUUCAUGGUACAGAGAAGGCAACCGACUGAUCAGUUCCCCAGACUUCCAAAUCACUCAGCAAGGAGACAUUCACUCACUGUACAUUCCAGAAGUUUUCUUUGAGGACACUGGAAAGUUCAGUGUGAAGGCUGAGAACCCUGCAGGAGAGGCUAUUUGCCACGCACAGCUUUAUGUACAGCCCAUACAAGAGAGGCCACAGCCAUUAGCAAUAAGAGCUCCGGACAGAAAACCAGUUUAUGAGCAAGUUGUCCCAUCCAAGUCCCCAGCUUCAAGGUCUCCACGACCUGUUACUGAAGAACAGCCUAUAGCUAAAAUACCGAAGCUUCAGAGACCAUCUGACUUUGUUCCUACACCAGUCUCUCCCAGGCCAGAGGAGAGGUUCAGACAUGAGUUGGACAUGCAGAUAGAGCAUGAACUUCCUCCCUUUGAGGCCAGGUUCAAACUCUUUGGAGAUGAGGCACAGCAGCCACAAGCUCCUCCAGCUCCUCGUCCAAAGCCAGUCCAAGAGAAAAUAACGCCAGUAAAGAAAGCUCCUGCUGAAGAAAGGCCUUUUGUCGCUGAUAAGAAAAAACCUGUUUUCUACAAGCCAUUGGAAGAUGUGACUGUUAGAGAAGGAGAUAGACUUGUGUUGGAAAUUAUUGUUGAGGGUCAGCCAGAGCCAAUAGUAAAGUGGUACAGAGAGACCAUUGAGAUCAACAACUCACUAGAUUACCAAGUGCUACAGAAGAACAACCGCUACAUGCUGAUCAUUGCUGAGGUCUUCCCAGAAGAUUCUGGAAGGUAUGAAGCUGUGGCUAUGAAUGCUGAGGGCACAACAAAGACUCAAGCUUAUAUCCAUGUGGAAGCUGCUCCUGCUCCACCAUUACCAAAAGUGCCACCACCCCCAGUUGCAAAACCUGUUCCUAAACAGGAAGUAGAAAUACUUAUUGAGAAAAAGCCUGUAGAACAGCCAAUUGUCCCUAAGAAGGAAGAGACAUACAGGAAAGUUGCUCCCCCAACACCUGUGAAACCAGUUCAAAGACCUCCACCACCUGUUGUUUCUCAGAAAACUGAGCCUGUUUUUACAAAGCCACUCAGUAAUAUUGAAGCAAAACAAGGAGACGGGGUCAUCUUUGAGGUCAAAGUUGAAGGUAACCCUGAACCAGUGGUUAAGUGGUACAGAGAGGAUGUGGAGAUUGUCUCUUCCCCUGAUUUUGAGCUGUCCAGAUCUGAUAGGAUGUAUCGCCUACAAAUCAUUGAAACUUUCCCAGAGGAUGCUGGGAAAUUCUCUUGUGUAGCCACCAAUGCUGUAGGCACAACAACUACAGAGGCUUACCUAUAUGUCCAGCCUUCACCAGGAUCACCAGUUCAGUCACCUGUUGCAGAAGAAAAGUUCAGAGAAGAACUGGAGAUGCAGGUUGAUGGCUACCCAGACUUGCCUCCCUUUGAAAAACGAGUGGCCCUCUUUGGUGCCCCACCUGAACCUAUGCCGGCUGACAUGGCUCCAAGACGUCCGUUUGUCACUGACAAGGAGAAGCCUAAAUUUACACAGCCUUUGAAGGACACUUACGCAAAACAAGGUGAGCCAGUAAUCCUUGAAGUGACAGUCGAAGCCCACCCUGAGCCAAUCAUUAAAUGGUACAGAGAAGGCAUUGAAAUCUCAAGCACCCCAGACUACCAGCUCUCAAGAAACAAUAAAACAUACAGACUCACUAUUGUAGAAGUAUUCCCUGAAGAUGCUGGCAAAUUCAGAGUCAUUGCAACUAAUGCAGAGGGAUCGGUCUUCUCAGAGUCAUUGCUAUUAGUUGAACCUGGUCCUCUAUCCCCACAAGAGACAGCUCCACCAGCUCUACCUCUGUUCCACCCAACUCCAACAGCACCUCUGCUGCCAUCUCCCAAGUCAGAAGGAUUUUCCCCAGUGACGACUGCUCCAAAAUUCACACCCCCACCACCACCAGCACAUAUUCCACCAUCAUUUGUUCAGCGUUUACCUGAUGUCAGAAUGGUGGAAGGAACCAACAUCAAAUUGGAAUGUCGUGUCCUGGGAAAACCUUUCCCACAGGUCAUCUUUACCAAAGCUGGAAAACCAAUUUUUGAUGGACCAAGGCAUAGAGUAACAGUUGAUGAGAGGACUGGCCGUUGCACUCUUCUCAUCACAAAGGCACAUCCUGAUGAUGAAGGUGAAUACACAUGCACUGCCAUGAAUCCUGCAGGAGAGGUCGCCACUUCUGCCAAGGUCAUUCAUGAAGGGCCUAGAGUACAAGAGCCAAUGGAAGAAGACAUUUCACCCUUGCAGCGUUUCUUGCAAGAAGAACAAGGCAAGAGACAGGCGACCCCUGAGGAAUUCUAUAUUCCACAAACUGAGCGAAGACUUUCAAAGAGUGUGGAAAGAAGAAUCAGUACAGAACCUGAAUUUGUUGUUUCAAGUUUUGAGAGAAGACUGAUGGAAGAAAUAGAGUACAGAGAAGGGAAGAUUAAACUCCAUUCUGAAACUGAAACGGAAUAUGACACUGACCAACCAGAAGAGCGUGUCACCAGCACUCAUGCUCAGGCUCCACAGUUUGUUCAGCCACUGAAGGACUUCAGACUUAUGGAGGGCACUGAUGUGACCUUUGUCUGCAAAGUCACGGGCAGACCAAGACCAAAGAUUGCCUGGUAUAAAGAUGGCAAAAGAAUCAAACGCUCCACUAGAUACGAAAUAAAAUACACUCAAGAUGGAUACUGCACUCUUCGUAUCCAUACUGGAUUGGCUUCAGAUACAGGCCAUUACACAGUGCUUGCUGUUAACUCAGUUGGAAAAACAACUUGUUCUGGUCAGCUGUUUGUUGAUGCUGUAGGCAACAUUGAUGCCACUUCUUUUGUGUCUGCUGAGACUCUUCAGAGAAUCCUGCGAAGGGAUUCUGUGAGGGGCUCACGUCGUGGAUCAGAAGACAAAGGUGGUGUCUAUGAAACCAUCUCAAAGCCUGAGUUCAAGAGAAUCCCAGAAGACCUUGAAGUCAGAGAAGGCAAUCCAGUUAGAUUUGACACUUUGGUUUUGGGACGCCCAGUGCCUGAGUUGUUCUGGUACAGGAAUGGAGUACAAGUUCAUCAUGAUGAUAACCACAAGAUUGUUAUCAAUGAGGACGGUGUAAACUCACUGUUGAUUAUCUCAGCUUCACGUAUCGAUGCUGGAACUUACACCUGUGUGGCAAAAAAUCGUGGUGGUGAAGAAACUUUCACUGUGAACCUAAACGUUUUAGAAAAGGAACAAAUGCAGCCACCUAGGUUCAUAGAUCGCAUGCAGAAUUACACAGUUGGUGAAGGCCAGCCUGUAACUCUGACCUGCAUGGCGACUGGAGUACCUGCUCCAAUGAUGAGCUGGCAGAAAGAUGGUCGCAUGGUUAGCGAUUUGGAUUACAGAAUUGAGGUAGACCAUGGUCGAUCUUCACUGAUCAUUGAAAGUGCCGAGCCAAGUGACAGUGCCUGGCUCCAGUGCUCAGCUGUUAAUGUGGCAGGUACAGCUUCAACCCGUGCUAAGCUAGUUGUACAGCCAGACUUGAACAAGUUGAAGAAACUACCCUCAACGGAAGCAGGACCAAAGAGGGUUGUCUCACCACCCCACUAUGAGAUCCAAUCAGAGGGUCCAGUCCAGCAAAUUUCUUAUGUGACAGAGCAUGACAGCGCAACAUUGCGUUUGAUCAAGGAGGAGCAGCUAAAGAGACCUCAGCCCCCACAAGAGAAACCUCUGACACCAAAAGCAGCACCACCAGUUGCUACCAAGCCAUUCAUUACCAAACCAGUACCGGCACCACCAGCGCCUACGCCAGAAGUCACUACACCCAUGUUGACUGAGGAGGAAGAUGAGUAUCAGCGCAAGAGUAUUUCUGAAGCAAAGAAACUCUUCAGCAAACCUGAUGAAAGGCCUAAGCCAGCUCCAGUGAGACCACACAAACCAAUCACUGUGCUGUUUAAACCCAGAGAACCUUCUCCAAGCUAUGACAUCCAUAAGACUGGACCAGUGCAGCUUAUUAGUUAUGCAUCAGAUAAUGAAAGGGGUUACUUGAGAUUGAUUGAUGAACAAGAUUUAGAAAGGAAAUUGCCAAUGGAGCUAGGAGAACCAGAGCCAUCAUACAUUUCAGAAGCUCAGAAAGACUUUGAGCCUAAAUUGAAACCAGUAACUGCCAUAAUUAAAGUUCCUCCACCUGUUGCUCCUAAGCCUGAAAAGGUUUUAUCAAGUGCAACACCAGUCGCAACUGCUCCUAAACCUGAAUUAUCUCCUUUUGAAGCCACAGUUCCUCUUGUUCCUAAGCAGAAAGAGUACAGACCAGUGGCCCCUCCUGUACCUGUACAAAAAGCAGAGCCAAAGAAGACUGAGCUCUAUAUGCCUCCAAGUGAACCAAUCAGACCCCCUCCCAUUGCACCGGUUGCCCCUAAACCUGCAGCCCCUGCUCCUACUCCCAGACAGAGAGUGCGAAAAGCACCUUCACCACCAGAAUCUAGACCCAUUGUACUGCGCCAGGAGCCAAUUCCUAUGUGGGCUCCUGAGUCCAUUGAUGUUCCUGCAGUGGCUAAGACUGUUGAAGACAGUAAGGAAGCAGUUCCACACACUCCCUUGGCUCGACAGGUUUCAACAACAUCCAUUAAACUUGCUGACUGGAGGGAAUAUCAAGAAAGUGCAGUGAAAGAGUACAUUCGUCGUGAAGGUGAAGCUCCGGCUCCUGAAGAUCUUUAUGACAGGGAAAAACACAAACCUGCCAAAUUCAAAACUCAGAUUAAAGAUCUGCAACUCAAGGAGAAUGAUGCUGCUCAUUUUGAGUGCAAACUUUUGCCAUUGGGAGACCCAACAAUGAAAGUGGAAUGGUUCAAGGAUGGAGAACCUCUGCAUUAUGGUACUCGCUACAUACCAGCUUAUGAUUUUGGAUUUGUCACCCUUGAUAUCCUCUGGAUGUACCCUGAAGACUCUGGAGUCUACGAAUGUCGUGCCACUAAUGAUUAUGGUGAAGACAAAACUUCAGCAACUGUUGUUUGCAGACCUCUUCGAUCCAUCAUUAUGGACACACAACUUCCAGGAGAAGGAGCAAUUAGACUUCAGGAAAUGGAAGAGUACUGGAGAAGCCACAUGCAUGUUGAAGAAAAAGUCAUAGAAGAGCCAAAGACUAAGACACCACCCAGCAUUGACCUAAAACCAGAGCCUGUGGAAACUUGUGAAGGAGAGCCUGCUAAAUUCUUAGUGAAAGUCAGCGGCUACCCAAGACCUAGAGUCAACUGGUGGAUCAAUGGAAGCCUCAUUGUUGCUGGCACUCGUUUUAAAGUAACAUAUGAUGGCAUGAUGCAUCACAUGGAGAUUCCAAAAUGCAGAGAGUACGACGCAGGCCAAGUCAGAGUUAUUGCCAAGAACUCAGAAGGAGAAGAGGAAUGUAGUACUUCUCUUGUUGUUUUGCCCAAAGAAGACUGGAGGGCAAAACUAAAGCAAGCCCCCAAAGGAGAGGUAGAAAUAGAGGUUGAGCGCAGAAAGAAAAUUGAACUCCGCUCAGUUGAAUUAGAGAAUGCUCUCAAGAGACCUAAGGCUACUGAGUACGAGCUCAGGCAGCUUGAAAAAGCAUCAGAAUCUAAAGUUAGAGUACAAAGAGAUACUGAAGUUGUUUUGGCUGAGCAGCAGUACAUCAGUAUUCACACUCAGUUACGCCACACUGAUGGGGCUGUAGUGUCUGAACCAGUAUUUGUUGAGAGAGCAAGGCUGGUCCCAGUUGAUCUUUCCCAGACUGCUCCUAUUGAGGAUAAACAGAUUAUUGAGCAGCAAAUAACCCUCCAGAGGGGAGAACCACCUGUGUUCACUAAACCUUUGAGGCCUGUGAGAGUGCCAGAAGGCAGCUCAGUGAACCUUGAAGUUCAUUUCAAAGGUAUUCCUCCUCCAAACAUUACAUGGUAUAGAGACAGCUUUGAGAUUCAACCCUCUAGAGAUUUCCAGAUUUCCACUUCUGAGACCACCAGCACGCUGCAUGUUCCUGAAGUGUUUGCUGAGGAUGCUGGACUCUUCACAGUUAAAGCUUACAAUAAGUUUGGCAUGGUGCAGUGUAAAGCUAAACUAACAGUGGAAGAAGGGGAAGCUCCGGAAAAGGAAAUCCCACCAGAGUUCCGUAGCCUGACUCGUGACACUAAAGUACUUCAAGGAGAACCAGUCACUUUUGACUGUCAAAUCACUGGCACACCCGCACCUCAGGUCCACUGGACUAAGGAGGGGCAUCCUCUUCCUGAGUCUCCAAGGUGGAAGUUUAUCAAAGAAGAUGACAAUUACACACUUGUAAUCUACGAGGCUCAACCUCUAGAUGCUGGCGUUUAUGCUUGUGUUGCCAUCAAUUCUGUUGGCAAAGCUACAUGCACAGCAAGGCUCACUGUAGAGAAACCAGAAAAACCAAUUGAACCUUCCACAACACAACCUCCUUUGGAGUCUUCAGUGGAACCACCCUAUGUUGUAUCAGAACCAAGAAUGGUGGAUGUUGAUGAAGGCCAACCAGUCCAUUUUGAAUGUGUUAUCAAGGGAAAACCACAUCCAGUUGUAACUUGGUAUCGCAACAACCAGUUGGUGAAACCAUCAAAAUACUUCAGAAUGGACUCCACCCUGGAAGGUGUGCACACCUUGUCAAUCAUGGAAGCCUUCCCAGAAGACACUGGUACCUACAAAUGUGUUGCUAGAAACAAGGCAGGAGAGGUAGCAUGUGUUACCUACCUUAAAGUACAUGGAUCUGAAAGUGAAGCCGAUCAGGUCCAACCAGAAGCUUUUGCUCAACCCCCUAGCUUUGUUCGACCCAUCAGCAACAUGAUGGUGACUGAAAAUACAUCAGCCAAAUUUGAAGCUGUCUUCUCUGGUGUGCCAACACCUGAAGUUACUUGGAUCAGAAAUGGAAUACAAACAUUACAUGACUCAAGAGAAUAUAAAAUUGAAACCAUUGACCGUUUGACGACACUCACAAUCUAUAAAGCUCAUCCAGAGGAUACUGGUGUGAUAACAUGCAGGGCCAAGAACCAAGCUGGUACUACAGAAUGCUCUGCUGAGCUUUAUGUACAGCAACCAGAAGAGCUCAGAGCACCCUCAGCUGAGAUUGAAAUCCCCACAGAGGAAAAGCCUGAGGAAGAGCAACCACUGACGGAGAGUUUGGAAUUUACAUCGUCUGAGGUUAUUACCACAGAAACCAUUAUUGAUCACAUCAGUGAUAUCAGAGAGACGGAGGAAGCUUCCACUACCCCAGAAAUCUCUGCGCUGGAGGUCACACAGAUUGUACCCGUCGAGAUUUCUCAAGAGGAACAAAAACCGCGCGAAGAUGUAACUGCAGAAGUAGACUUUGAGGCACCUGCCCCAGUAACAUCCACAACUGUUGAUGCCUUUGAAAGCCUGAUCAGUGAGAUUGAAGAAGCUAUCACUGAAGAAUCCACCAUAUCAGUUUCAGAGGACGUCGACAAAGAGCUCAAACCAACAACAACAGAAGAAACUUUCGAAAUCAUUGAGGAAGUCGGACAGAAGCCAACAUUUGUAAAGGAACUUGAGAGCGUAGAGGCCACAGAGGGCCAGCCAGUACGUUUCGAAGUGGUGGUCUCUGGUGAACCCAUGCCAGAAAUCUCUUGGUUUUUAGACGGUGAAAUCAUCAGAGAGUCGCCAGUUUACAGGAUUGAACCUGGCCCUGAAGGUCAUUGCUCUCUUAUUCUACCCGAGUCCUUCCCAGAAGAUGAAGGUGAAUACGAAUGCCGUGCCACUAAUAUCUAUGGAACUGUUUCUACUAAAGCUGACCUAUAUGUUCAAGUGUUGGCUGAGAAAGAAGAUUCUUUGUCUGAAAAAGAGAAAUUGGUUACAGCUGAAAUUGAAAAAGAGGAAGAAUCUGAUGAAGACAAAAAAGAAAUUUCUCCCACUCCACUUGAACAAGCUGUUGUUGAAGAAGUAAAAGAUGAGCGCUUCGCGCCAGUUAUUAAACAGGCUCUUAAACCCAUUUUCACGAAAGAUGGAGGCCAAGCCCGUUUUGAAGCUGAAAUAGUUGGUCUCCCUGUUCCUACAAUCACCUGGUACAAAGAUGAAGAAAUCAUCCAUCCAUCUGAGGAAUUUGAGAUUGCUUACAGCGAGGAGAACAUUGCCUCUUUGUUUAUUCAGGAUGUCUUACCAGAAGAUGCAGGAAAAUAUAUAGUUGUUGCCAAGAAUGAGCUUGGUACAGCAACAACAACUGCCAGUCUUGAAGUAGAAGCUGCAGAAGUAAGUGACAUAUCACAAGAGGAGACUUCUAGUAUUGCCCCAGUAUUCACUAUCAAGCCAAACUUCCAGUUGGUAGAUGAGACUGAGACGGCAACAUUUACAGCAACUAUUGAGGCUAUACCUCAACCUGAGAUAAUUUGGAGCAAAGAUAGCAGUCCACUGCCAGACGACACAAGAUUCCAGACAUCAUUCACUAAAGAUGAAGACACUUAUCACACUAGCUUGGUUAUUACUGAUACCCUCCCAUCAGAUACUGGUUAUUACAAGGUGACAGCCAGAAAUGAUAUUGGGGAGGAAACAGUAAAGGUGUCUCUCAUUGUUAACAAAGUUAAAGAAGAAAAGAAAGAUUUCCGUGACCAGUUGACUACUGUGUCAUUUGAAAUACCUGAAAAGCCAGAUGAACCAGAUCAAGUUGAUUUCAGAAAUGUUCUACAGACUGAAGUAAAAACAAAAGUUGGAGUUCAUUAUGAUACAGAGCAACUUGAUUUCCGACAUCUUCUAAAAGCAUCUAAAGUUAAGGCUAAAAAAUUUACCUCAGAUGUUGAAGCUGAAACAACAUUAACUGUAGAAGCCCCAGAGGCUGAUCAAGUUGACUUCAGAGCUGUUCUUAAGCGACCAUCUGAAGAAAAAGAAAAGCCUAAACAAGAAUCACCAGAAUUUGUGAAACCUAUUGAAGAUGUUAAUGUUAGGGAGGGUGAAUCAGCAAGAUUUGAGUGUAAAAUUACAGGUGAGCCAAAACCAUUGGUCAUGUGGUAUCAUGACCAGCAACCCAUCAAAUCUGAUAAUGUUUAUCAGAUUCUCCCUGGAGAGGAUGGGGAGUUUACCCUGUUGAUUUCUGAAGCAUUCCCUGAAGAUUCUGGUGUGUACACUGUCAAGGCUUUCAAUGAUCUCGCAGAAGUAGAGUGCUCUGCCACACUCACUGUUGAAGAACUGGUUUCUGAGACAAGCUCUGUCACUUCUAAAGAAGAUAAACCAGAGGAGGAAACCAUCACUGAUACUAUUAAAGAAGUAGCCGCUGUAAAGAUUCAGUCAGCAUUCAGGGGCUUUAAGGCUAGGGAAGAAGUAAAACACCUCAAGGAAACACGGUCAACCUUUACAUCUGAGUUCACCAUUGACUCUACAGUAACAGUUGAAGAGAAGCAGGGAUCUGAAACAGUGACGGAAGAAUUUACCAUGGAUGUCACAUUUGCACCCAAGUUCUUAUCUGAACUAUCAGAUCAAGAAGUUACUGAGGGUGACACUGUGUACUUAGAGAUCUCAGCAACAGGGGCACCAAAGCCUGAAGUCAAAUGGUUCCGUGACGAUGUUGAAAUUGUAAAAGAUGACCGCCAUGAAAUCACUGAAGUAGAUGCUACAUUCUCACUAAAGAUUUUUGAUGUAACACUGGAUGAUGACGCUGAGUACACUGUCACAGCCACUAAUACAUUGGGCAGUGUAUCUUCAAUUGCAGAGAUAUUUGUAAACCCAGCUGGGGAAGCUCCAUCUUUUGUAUCCACAUUUACAGAUAUUAGAGUGGAUUACAAGCAAACUGUUGUUCUUGAGGCAGAGAUUAAAGGCGAACCUAUGCCUGAGGUUGUUUGGCUCUUCAAAGGUGUUACGAUUAGUGACACACGUUACAGGAUUGAACAGAUAAAAAAUACUGUGAGGUUGACAAUAGAAGAGGCGUUGCCCAAAGAUAUAGGCGAAUUCACUGUGACACUGACAAACAAACAUGGUGUCACAUCAUGUACUGCUAAUCUUACAGUCAAUUUAGAAGCACCACAGUUUACUAAACCACUCUCUGACACACCCACUCGACUGAGCACUGUUACUGAACUCAUUUGUGAAGUACAUGGCAUACCAAAGCCAGAUGUUAAAUGGUUUAGAAAUGAUAUCUGUUUGGAAGAAGGUCCAAAAUAUCAAAUGGUUUAUCAAGAUACAUCUGCCAUAUUGAGAAUACUAAAUGUGGCUUUUGAAGACACAACUGUGACAUACACCUGCAAAGCUACAAAUAUUGUUGGAGAAGCAACAACAUCAGCCAGACUGUUACCACAAGUUCCAGCCCGCAUCCUCCACAAACCAGAACCAGUUGCUGUUCUAGAGGGUGAAACUGUAGAGCUCUUCGUUACAAUAGAAGGUUUACCCCAAUCAACUGUUGAAUGGUCAGUUAAUGGCUUGAUAUUGUCCACGGAUGACCGCCACUUGAUCAGUUCAACUUCAGAGACCGUCACUCUGACCAUCCCUAAAUCUCAGGUGUCAGAUAGUGCUACAUUCACACUGAUUAUCUCCAAUGAUACUGGAUCUGACACAUGUGAUGUCCCUGUUACUGUUACAAAACCACUGCCAAAAGAGGAAAAACCUGAAACGCAAGCACCCAAGUUUGUUGUUCCCAUUGAGACAGUAGAAACAUUACCAGGGGAAACAGUUACAUUCUCAUGCAAAGCUGUUGGUAAACCUACUCCUGAACUUUCCUGGUUCAAAGAUGAUAAACCAAUAAAAGCAGAUGACAAACAGUUUACAAUUUCUUCCCCUGCUGAUGGUGAAAGCACGCUGGUCAUCACUAAUGUUCUGCCUGUUCAUGAUGGAACUUACACUUGUGAGGCCACUAAUGAAGCUGGAAAAGAUAAAUGCAAGGCAGAUCUGUUUGUUGAAGAAAAGCCAGAAGAAAAGGGCAUUGCACCAGAGUUUAUUAAAGUUCCAGAAAAGUUGACAGUUAGAGAACAUGACACAGCUAAAUUCCUAGUCAAGGUGAUAGGUGAACCAAAGCCUGAAGUUACCUGGAUGAAAGAAAAAGAAUUACUAGAAGAUGCUGAUCUCUAUCACCUUGAAAACUAUGAGGAUACCUACUGUUUUGAGAUUAAAGACACAGAAAAAGAGGAUGUAGGUGUCUACACAUGUGUUGCUGAAAAUGACUUUGGCCGCGCCGCUGUUGACAUUCCCCUGUUCGUGACUGAAAUACCUCGUGAUGAAAGGUUGUCUGAAUCUCCAUUGGUUCUCAAAACUCAGGAAGAAACUCGAGCUCCUGAGUUCAUUGAAGUGUUCAAAGACACAACUGUGAUGGAACAGAACUCACUUCAACUGCAGGCACGAGUGAUAGGUCUCCCUCGACCAGAAGUCACAUGGUACAAGGAUGACAAAGAAGUGAUUAAAACACCAAAUGUCUUGAUAACAUAUGAAGAUGAGGCUGUCAAGCUGAAGAUCUCAUCAGUGAAAAUAGACCAGGAGGGCGUUUACAAAUGUGUUGCCACCAACUCUGCUGGCUCAGCAGAAUGUAUCAGUAGGGUGGUUGUUGAAGGCAAAACUGAAGCUCCUGUGUUCACAAGACCUCUGGCAAACAAAGAGGUUAAAGAAGGUCGACCUGUGAAGUUUGAGUGUGCAGUUGUUGGUCUGCCCCAGCCAGAAGUCUCUUGGUUUGUGAAAGAAUCUCCUGUGGAAACUGGCGUGCACUUCAAUAUUGAAUCCCGUAAAGGAUUUGCUGACGUAACCCACAGCCUUAUCAUUGACUCAGCUCAAGUGGAAGACGCUGGUACCAUCAAGGCUGUUGCUGUGAACAAAGCCGGAGAAGCAACCACAGAGGCAACUCUGACAAUUGAUGAGAAAAAAGAAGCCCCUAAGUUUAUCAAGAAACUUGAAACAGUCGAAGUCAUUGAACUCAACCCUGCAAAGUUCGAGGUUGUUGUCAGUGGGAAACCCAAGCCUCAUGUUACCUGGCUACAAGGAGAUGAGGAAUUGGAAGACUGUGAAGACACCAAGAUAGAAGUUGUUGAUCAGACAUACACACUAACCUUCACCAAGACCAAGCUAGAUGAUGCCAGUGUCAUUACUGCUAGAGCCAAAAACCCAGCUGGCCAGGUUUCCUGCAACAGCAGGCUAAAACUCAUUGCUGCCAAAAAACCCACAUUUGUAAGAAAACUGUCUGAUGCUCUUGUCCCUGAAAAUGGUACUGUUAAGUUUGAUUGCAAGGCAACAGGUGUGCCAAUGCCAGAGAUCAAAUGGUACAUAAACGACAAAGAGCUUGAACCCAGUGAGUUCAUCAAGAUGGAUGUGAACCCUAAGGAUGGAACCUACACCCUGACAAUAGCAGGAGCCACUGCUGACCUUGCUGGUGAGGUUAAGGCUGUAGCUGUCAACAAUGGUGGAGAAGUUCUGUGCUCGGCUCACCUGGAUGUCAGAGGCAGGGCUCCCAAGUUUAUUGAGGCACCACUCAAAUGCACAGUUCUUGAAGGCCACACAGCUGAGUUCCGCUGUAUUGUUGACGGCGAGCCCAAACCUAAAGUGGAAUGGUCUAAAGGCAAAUGGAUGAAAAUUCAGCACGGAGGUCGCUAUACCAUCUCAGUGGAUGAGGCCACAGGGGAGCACGUUCUACAGAUGCAGGAUGUGAAGAGCAAAGAUGCUGGCACCUACACAGUUACUGCCAGCAAUGAGCACGGCUCGGAGCAGGCGCCAGCAACUCUCAUGGUGACUGACAAGGAAGAGGAGGUGGCAGACUGGAAGUCACAGCUCAAGCACAGAGAAGUGAAACGAAUUGAGGCUGAGGAAGAAUCCCCCUGGCAAGUGGAUCUCAAGCAUGUGGAGAUUGAAGAACAAAAGUCCCCAUCUCCAGAAGCCAAACCCAAGCCUCCUAGUCCAGAAAUUGAAAGGAUGGAGUAUCAUCCAAUUGCCAGGAGAGAGAGACCAGAGCUGGAAGAGGGAGAGACCAUGGUGUUCCAGAUGGCACCACGAGAACGUGAAGAACUAGAACAGUUCCAUAAGAUGAGUGCUCCUGUCACAUCAGCUGCUGCUGUUGAUGAAGAAGCUUCACUGGGCUACACUAGAGCAGUCAAAUCACAAGAACUGGAAGAGGCAGAAGAAAUGACUUACGUUAAACAGAAAGCACAAUGGCGCUGGACUGUACCACUACAAGACAUGGCCGUCAAAGAGAGAGAAGCCGCCAAAUUUGAGUGUGAGUUCUCCAUUCCAAAUGUCAAUGUUGUAUGGAAAGUCAAGGACGAAAUUGUGGAGUCCAGUCCGAAGUUUGCCAUCCAGUCUGAUGUCAGCAAGCACGUGCUGGUUGUCAGCAAGUGUAGACCAGGAGAUGCAGGACCAAUAUCCUGCGCUUAUGGUGACAUCGUCACAGACGCUAGGCUUAUUGUACAGCCUGUACCAGCUGAUUUCACUAUGACACUGAAAGACACCAAAGGUAAAGAAAACGCUGACGCCGUUUUCACUUGUUCUACUGACGAUGAUGAGGUUCUGGUGCAGUGGUUCAUCAAUGGCAAACCUGUGACCCCUUCAGACAAAUAUCUUGUCGAGUCCAAUGGCGCCAAUCACACACUGACCAUAAAAGAUCUGAAACCAGAUGAUGACUGUGAGGUCACUGUUGUCAUUGGUGAUAAUAAAUCAACUGCCAAACUAAAAGUGGAAGAAAUAGAAGCAGAUUUCUUGGUGCCUCUUAAAGACCAAACAGCUAAAGAGAAAUCAACAGUUGAGUUUGAAUGCACCCUUACAGUCCCAGCCAGACCAGACCACAUUGAGUGGUUCAUUGGUGGAGAGAGAGUAGACCUGGACUCACCAAGGUUUGAGUCUCUUGUUGAUGGCAACAAAGUGAAGCUUGUCAUCCACACAGUUGAGACAGUGGAUGCUGGGGAUGUCACAGUGCACAUCAAGAAUAAAGAGAGCACUGCCAAGCUUAAAGUUGAAGAAAUCGAGGCUGACUUCUUGAUACCAUUAAAAGACCAGACCGUGAAAGAGAAAUCAACAGUUGAGUUUGAAUGCACCCUUACAGUCCCAGCCAGACCAGACCACAUUGAGUGGUUCAUUGGUGGAGAGAGAGUAGACCUGGACUCACCAAGGUUCGAUUCUCUUGUUGAUGGCAACAAAGUGAGGCUUGUCAUCCACACAGUUGAGACAGUGGAUGCUGGGGAUGUCACAGUGCACAUCAAGAAUAAAGAGAGCACUGCCAAGCUUAAAGUUGAAGAAAUCGAGGCUGACUUCUUGAUACCACUAAAAGACCAGACCGUGAAAGAAAAAUCAACAGUUGAGUUUGAAUGCACCCUUACAGUACCAGCUAGACCAGACCACAUUGAGUGGUUCAUUGGUGGGAAAAAAGUUGACCUGGACUCACCACGCUUUGAAACUUUUGUCGAUGGCAACACGGUCAAGCUGGUCAUCCACACAGUAGAGACUGUAGAUGCUGGUGAUGUCACAGUCAGGAUCAAGGACAAGGAAAGCACUGCCAAACUUAAUGUCGAAGAAAUUGAAGUGGAGUUCACAAUCCCACUCCAAGACCAGACUGUACCUGAACAAUCCAACGUUGAGUUCACCUGUGGGCUCAACAUUGACACCGAUGAUGUCGCCUGGUUCCUGGACGGCGACAAGCUGUCCCCAUCACCCAAAGACGGCAUCGACAUCAAGAAACAAGGGCUCCAGCACUCCCUCAGCAUCGAGGAUGUCUCCCCAGAGGACUCGGGUGUGGUCAAGGUCGUGGCUAAAGGCAAGACCUCCCAGGCUAAGCUGGUUGUGGAAGAGCUGGGUCCAGAUUUUGCCGUGCCACUUAAUGACGUGUCUGUCAUGGAGAGGGCUACAGCUGAGAUGGUCUGUGAACUCACUAAGGAAGUUGAUAAGUCUCAAGUACAGUGGUUUGUGGAUGAGAUUUUACUUCCUGAAGGGGACAGAAUCCAGUUUGUCAAAGAUGUCAAGCAACACAAGCUUAUUAUUUCUGACUGUUGCAUUGAUGAUGAAGGAGUUGUCACAGUGCAAGUUGGUGACAAAAAAUCUUCUGCCUCUCUCUUUGUUCAAGAACUAGCACCAGAGUUUAUCAGCCCACUGAAAGACCAGAGCAUCAAAGAAGGUGAGACUGCAACAUUUGACUGUGAACUCAACAUCGACGGAGCCACUGUCAAAUGGUUCCACGAGGGCCGUGAGGUCAAUGAAGACCAGCGCUACCAGGUCCUGGUGGUCGGGCGGGUACACAAGCUCAUCAUCAAGGAUGCCAUCAUGCCUGACGCUGGAGAGAUCAUGGCCAAAGUUGAGAACAAGUCAACACAUGCUGUUCUCUCAGUGUCAGAAGUCCCUGUCGAUAUCACUGCCGAACUGUCUGAAAUUCACACAGAAGAACACAAAAUGGCUGUAUUCUGCUGUGAGGUAAACAAGGAUGAUGUUUCUGUAGAAUGGCUUAAAGACGGUGAAACCCUGACCCCCAGCAACAAACACAUCAUCCAGACUGAAGGAAGGAGACACUCCCUGGUCAUCAAGGAUGUUGACCAGUCUGAUGUUGCGGAGUACAGUGUGGUUGUUGGGGACAAGAAAAGCCUUGCCAAGCUACAUUUAGAUGAGAUCCCACUCAGGAUGACCCUGACCUUGAGGAAACGCACCUCAGCCAAUGAGAUCAGAGCAGACUUCACCUGCAUGCUGUCCAAGGUGGACCUCCUGGUCUCCUGGUUCAAAGAAGAAGAGAGAAUCGUUGCCUCCCCAAAGCAUGAACUUGUUGAUGAAGGUCGCAUGCAUCAGCUGAUUGUGCAUGAUCUGUGUGUGGAUGACUAUGCUGACUAUCUGGUAGUCAUUGGGUCCAGGCGCAUGACUGGCCUUGGGCUGAAGGAAGAAGCACCUCUAGAGUUCACCAUCCCUCUGACUGAGCAAACGUGCAAAGAAGGGGAGACAGUCACCUUCAAGUGUGAGGUCACAGAGUCCAACCUGCCCGCCACCUGGUUCAAGGAUGGACAGGCGAUCACCUUGUCUGACUUGGUGGUAGCCUCAGUGGACGGCAGGACCCACACACUAACACUGAAGGAUACUCCUCUGGAUGCCUCUGCUGAAUACACCAUCAGAAUCAAAGACAAGGAAAGCUCUGCCAAACUCACAGUCCAAGAAAUUGAAGCAGAUUUCACUGUUCAACUCGCUGACACAGCGGCCCCUGUUAAUGAAACAGCUACCUUCACAUGUGAAGUCACAAAAGAAGACGCAGAAGUGGAGUGGCUGGCCAACAAGGAGAAGAUUGAACCCAGCGAGAAGUUUGAGAUCUCCCGCGAAGGCCGCAAACAUUCCCUGACUGUCCAUGACCUACAGCCUGAAGACAGUGGGGAGUACACAGCGAGAGUGGGAGGCAACGACACCUCAGCCUCACUCACUAUUUCAGAAACUCCCUUGGAAAUCAUCAAGCCUCUUUCUGAGACUGAGGUCACUGAAGGGGAACUUGUCACUUUGACCUGUGAGGUCAACAAGCCCAAUGUCAAGGCCAGAUGGUUCAAGGACAAUGUUGAGCUGAAGCCAUCAGACAUCCUUAGUCUCACAGUGGAUGGUACAACCCACUCCUUGACCAUACCAAAAGCUGACCUCGAGGAUGAGGCUGAGUACACAAUUAAGCUGGAGAACAAGAGCUCAACUGCCCUGUUGCUUGUUGAAGAAGCUCCACUGCGCAUCACCCAACCUAUCUCUGACAUGGAGUGUCUGGAAGGGGAAACUGUCAGCUUUGUCUGUGAGGUCAACAAGGAGAAUGCCCCAGCCAUGUGGCUGAAAGAUGGCCUCAUCAUCACAGAGGAGGAUGGUUACGAGUUCAUCAUGGAUGGCAAGCGACACAUCUUGAAGAUCCCAGAGGCCAACUUGGACCAUGAUGCCGAGUUUAUCGUCAAGAUUAACGGAUGUGAAUCUAAAGCGAGGCUGCGUGUUGAAGAAGUUGCAGCAGACUUCACCGCCACCCUCCACGAUGUUGAAGGUCAAGAAGGCCAAAAUGUGGAGCUGGAGUGUAUUCUAAGCAAACCUGGGGUCAAGGUACGCUGGUUGAAGAACCGCAAGCCUUUAACACCAAGUGACCGCAUUAAGAUUGUUUGUGACCGCUAUCGUCACAUCCUGAGGAUAAUGGACACCAUCCCAGAGGACGAGGGCGAAUACACAGCUGUCUUGCCCAAUGAUAAAGAAUCCUCCGCUAUGCUCAAGAUCUAUGAGAUUCCACCAAUCUUUACCCUGCCACUCAACAACCAAGAGCUGCCAGAGAAAGAGAUGGCCAUCUUUGAGUGCCAGGUGUCCAAGAAAGACAGGCCAGUCAAGUGGCUUAAAGAUGGGAAGGAGAUAACUCUAGAUGACAGAAUACAAGCAAUCACUGAUGGCUAUGUCCAGCAACUGGUCAUUGAAGAUGCCAGGUUGGAAGAUGCUGGAAAAUACACGUGUGUCAUGGGAGAGGAAUCCACCACUGGGGAGCUCACAGUGGAAGAACUACCAGUCGAGAUCCUCAAACCACUACGAAACACCACAGUCACCGAGGGAGAGAAACUGGUCUUGGAAGUUGAGCUGUCCAAGCCUAAUUAUCCAGUCACAUGGAAGAAGGAUGGCGUCACUUUUGUACCACGUGAGAACUCACGUCUCAUCGUAGAUGGCUGCAUUCAUCGCCUGGAGAUUGAUGCUGCUGAUGUGGAUGAUGAGGCCAACUACUCCUUCCAUGUGGCAGAUAAGAGCUGCAAGGCACUCGUACUUGUUGAGGAAUCCGCCAUUGAGAUAAUCAAACACCUGCAAGACCAAAACAUCAAAGAAAAGGAACCAUUCACCUUCACCUGUGAGCUUUCCAAACCUGGGGUCAAGGUGAGCUGGCUGAAAGAUGGAUUCAAAGUCUCACCUGAGGAUGGCUUCAAGGUAGAGGUCAACGGAAACAUCCACACACUGAAGAAAGAUUCUGCCAAACUAGAGGAUGCUGGGAAAUACAUGCUGGUCUUUGAGGACAAGAAAUCUACUGCAAGUCUUGGAGUAGAAGCCCUACCAACAAGCAUUGUGCGCCCGCUAGCUGACAUAACUGUGAUAGAGCACCAAAGUCUUGUACUAGAGUGUGAGGUCAGCCACCCUGACAAAGCAGCGCGCUGGUUCAGGGAUGGGGAGGAGGUGUUUGCCUCGGCCCACAUCAGGCUGACCUCUGAGGGCAAGGUACAUCGUCUGAGUGUUGAGUCUGUUGACCUGGAUGAUGAGGGCAAGUACAAAGUCGACGUCGAUGGCGCUGUCAGUGAGGCCUCUGUCUUUGUGGAAGAUGAACCUCUUGAAAUUAUUAAAGAGCUUCACAACAUUGAAACCAUUGAAGGGGAAACAGCUAAUUUUGUGUGUGAAGUUUCUAAGCUGGAUGCUGUUGCCACAUGGGCUUACAAUGGCAAAACUAUCACAGUUAAAGGGGGUUAUGAUAUCAAAGUAGACGGAAGAGUCCACAUUUUGAAUUUAGAAGGGGUGGAAGUAGAGGAUGCAGGAAAAUAUGUGGUGAAAUUUGAUGAUAAAAUGAGCUCAGCUGAACUAAAAGUCAGAGAGCUGCCUAUUGAGUUCACCAAACCCCUCAAGGACCUGGAGAUCAUGGAGAACCAGCCACUGACUCUCACCUGUCAGGUAAACAAACCAGACCUGGUUGCCACCUGGCAGAAGGACGGCAAGAACAUUGACGCCUCGGACCGCGUCCAGAUUGUGAGGAAUGGCGUAACACACACUCUGAAGAUUGAGAGGGCAGCGCUGGAGGACGACUCUGUGUACAAGUGUACCAUCAAAGACAGGAAGACAUCAGCUAGAGUCACUGUCAAAGAAGAGCCACUAGAAAUUACCAAACCCCUGGCCAGCAUUGAAGUCACAGAGGGACAGAGCAUUGUACUGGAGUGCACCGUGUCUAAGCCAGACCGCACCGCUAACUGGUACAAGAACGGUGUGAAGCUUUCAGCCUCAGAGCUAGUGACCCUUACAUCAGUGAAAGACAAACACACACUGACCAUUGAAAGAGCCACCUUGUCUGACCAAGCUGAGUACUCCAUUAAGGUGGACGGCAAGUCUUCUAAAGCUGAUGUCAAAGUCAUUGAAACUGACCUGGAGUUUAUCCGCCCACUGGAGGAUGUGACCAUCACUGAAAUCCCCAAGACCUUAACAUUUGAGUGUGAGGUCUCAAAGGUCAACGUCCCAGCCAAGUGGUACCACAAUGGUCAGCUUAUCGUCCCCAGCGAUAAGCACGAGUUCUUCGGCAAAGGUGUCAUUCACAGACUGACCAUCAAUGAUGCUGAUGGCAGGGAUGAAGGCCAGUACAAGAUAGAGGUCAAGGACAAAAAGUCUGAAGCUAAGCUUGCUGUUGAAGUCCCACCAAAGGUGUUUGUAGACAAGAAAUACCAGGAAACAGUGGUUCUCAAUGCUGGUCAGUCGACCGCGUUCGAGAUCCCAUUCUCUGGCAACCCUCAGCCCAAAGUCACCUGGACGUUCAACGAUGGUGCGCUACCUGACGCCAAGCGUAUGGAGGCUGAGACCAUCUACAACAUGACCACGGUCAGGCUGGGUCAUGUGAUCAGGGGCGACAGUGGAAACUACACGGUCACGCUUGAGAACACCAACGGUGUGGCUGAUAUCACAAUUAAACUUCUUGUACUCGACAAGCCCUCAGUGCCCAGAGACGUGACAGUGACAAACAUAACUGCUGAGACUGCUACACUAACAUGGCAGACGCCAGAAGAUGACGGAGGAAAGCCUGUCACCUCGUACAUUCUGGAAAAACGUGAGGCCAGCCGUCAGACCUGGAAUGCUGUGGCAGAGGUUAAUGACACAACCCCGUAUGACACUAAAGGUCUUAUUGAAGGCAAGCAAUACGUGUUCAGGGUUGCUGCUAAAAAUGCUGUAGGCACUGGCAAAUUUGCUGAGUCAGAAACUUUCACAGCCAAGAAUCCAUUUGAUGUGCCUGAUGCGCCAGAAUCACCAGCUGUCAAAGAAGUGUUCAAGGACAACGCCCUGGUCACAUGGCAACCCCCAGCCAAUGACGGUGGCUCCCCAGUCACUGGCUACACUGUAGAGAAGCAGUCCACGUUCUCACCUCGAUGGGUCGUGGUCAACAAAUCCCCAGUGGAGGCCACGGAGCUCAGAGUGGCUGAUUUGGUGGAGGACAACUCUUACAUGUUUAGAGUUAUUGCCCAUAACAAAGCUGGCCCUAGCAAGCCCAGUGAGGCCUCACCCACAGUCAAAGCCAAGGACCCAUGGACUGUACCAGGCCGUCCUGGCAUACCAGAAGUUACCGGCACAGACAAGAGCUCAGUUGCCCUCAAGUGGACAGCCCCAGAAUCAGACGGAGGCUCUCCCAUCUUCAACUAUGUGGUGGAGCACAGGCCUGCUGGCACCUCCCAGUGGAUCCGCUCCAACGAGACCCUCACGGUCCCAGACACCACCUUCAGCGUCACUGGUCUCAAGGAGAACAAGGAAUAUGAGUUCCGUGUCAGCGCUGAGAACAAAGCUGGUGUUGGAGAGGCUUCCAAGUCAACACCCCCAGUCAAAGUUGUCAAGCCUAUUGUGGGCGUGUCCCCAAUAUUGCUGGAGCCUUUGCAAGACAUCGCUGUUGUAGCACCCAAUGAUGCAAUCCUUGAGUGUGACAUUGAUGUUGGUGAACCUGAGGCUGAAAUAAAAUGGUACCGUGGCAAGAAAGAGGUGAAGAAGAGUGCCAAGUACGAGAUGAGCUACGAAGACGAAGUGGCUUCACUGGUCAUCCACAAAACAGAGCCACAGGAUGCUGACGUCUACAGAUGUGAGGCCUCAAAUCCUCUCGGCAAAGUGCAAACAGAAGGCACAUUGUCUAUUCACACUAUGCCAACCCUGGAGUAUGACAACCGUCUGAAGAGUGCUCAGACAGCCAAAGCAGGAGCCACAAUUGUCCUCAAGGUCAACGUGAGUGGCAUCCCAUCUCCUUCCAUUUCCUGGCGACUUGAUGGCGAGGCUCUAGAGAAAUCUGACCGCAUCUCCCUGGAGACCAACCAGGAGUACAGCACGCUGACCAUCAAGAAUGCUGCCAUUGAGGACACUGGCGUCUACACUAUCGUAGCUGAGAAUGUUGUCGGAAAAGCUGUUGCUGAUUUUGAAGUCAAUAUCAAAGACAAACCAGGCAAGCCAGAAAACCUGCAUGUGCUGGAGAUAUUGAAAGACAGCAUAGCCAUAGCCUGGGAGCCACCAGCCAACCUGGGAGGGUGUAUUCUCAAAGGCUACGUCAUAGAGAAACGUGAGGCUAACAGAAACACCUGGGCAGCCGUCCAGAAUGUGGACGUCAGCACUAAGACUCUGUCUGUACAAAAGCUUCUGGAAGGCAAGGAGUAUUACUUCCGUGUUGCUGCAGAGAAUGAGCUAGGUGUGGGCGAGGCUGCUGAACUGAUAGAUGGUAUUGUUGCCAAGAGUCCUUUUGAUGCCCCAGAUGCACCAAAGAAACUGACAGCCACAGAGAUCACUCGUUCCCACAUGACCUUGACCUGGGAGCCACCAGAGAGCGAUGGUGGAGCUGCAAUCACUGGCUAUGCCCUGGAGCGCAAGUCCCCGUCCACAUCACGCUGGGUGCGUGUGAACAAGAGCCCCAUCCGCGACACAGUGUACACAGUCAAUGACGUGGUGGAGGGCGGAGAGUACGAGUUCAGAGUCCUGGCUGAGAACCCAGCUGGCUUCAGUAAACCCUCUGCUUCCACUGGUGUUCUGACUGCCAAGGAUCCUUUCAACAAACCUGAGGCUCCCAAACAACCAGAGGCAGUGGACACCACCCGCUCCUCCGUCACCCUCAAAUGGCUGCCACCUGCCAAAGAUGGCGGCAGCCCCAUCUUCAACUACAACAUAGAGUACCGGUCCCUGGGCUCCUCCAAGUGGCUGCUGGCCAACGCCAACAUUAAGGUCCCAGAAACCAGCUUUGUCGUGAAGGACCUGGUCCAGGGAACCGAGUAUGAGUUCCGUGUGGCCGCAGAGAACAAGGCGGGGGUCGGGCCAAUGUCACCCCCCUCUGUGCCCAUAACUGCCAGGGAACCUGUGGUUGGUGAAGCCCCUACAGUUCUUGAAGGCCUACCAGACUUAGCUGUGACUGAAGGAGAUACGGCUAUGUUGGGCUGCAAGAUCAGUGGUCAGCCUGUCCCAACCAUUAAAUGGCUGAAGGACCAAAGGGAAGUAAUAGCAGACAAACGCCAUGAGAUGGUGUAUGAGGACUUUGUUGCCUCCCUUGUCGUGAAAGACGUCCAGGAGAAAGAUGCUGGCAGCUACACUUGUGAGGCUAGCAACGACCUGGGCACUGUCAACACCUCAGGGAUGCUUGAAAUACAGGCUGCACCAACUCUGGACUUUGACAACAAGUUCAGGGAUCUCAUCAGCCUACAUGUGGGGUCCAGCCUGAAGAUCCCUGUACGGGUGGGAGGAAUCCCCUACCCACAUGUCAAAUGGCUAAAAGAGAAUAAAACCCUCAAGACUGGGGGGAAGGUAACUCUAGACUUCCAAGAGGAGAGCACAACUUUGACUGUCAAGAAAAUCAGCAAGGAGGAUGAUGGUCUGUACACACUUAGUGCAGAAAACGAGGUGGGAGAAGCCACAGCCAAGUUUGAUGUUGAAGUCCUAGAUAAACCUGGAGCUCCUGAAGGUCCUAUUGUAGUGUCAGACCUGACCAAGGACAGCGCAGUGUUAACAUGGAAGCCACCCAAAGAUGAUGGUGGCUGUGACAUCACUGCGUACAUAGUUGAAAGACGGGAUGCCAAGAGAGCCGUCUGGACAAAACUGACCACCCUGGAUGGGGUCACUCUUGACUACCAGGCCACCAACCUGGUGGAGGGAAACGGCUACCACUUCAGGGUGAUUGCGGAGAAUGAAGUCGGCCAGUCUGAACCAUUGGAGACCAGCACGCCAGUUGUUCCAAAGAGUCAGUUUGGUAAACCGUCAUCCCCACAAGGACCAAUAGAAUUUUCAGAUAUUAAAGCAGACAGUGCAGCACUGUCUUGGAGACCACCAGCCUCAGACGGCGGAUCCCCCAUCAAGAGCUACAUCAUUGAGAGGAGGGAUGCCAAGAAAACCACCUGGACCAAAAUAGCAACGGUCGACUCAAAGACCUUGACUUGCACUGCCCAAAAACUCCUGGAGGACACACCUUACAUCUUCCGAGUGAGCGCUGUCAAUGAGGAAGGGCAGAGUGAGCCACUGGAAGCUGAUAAGGAGAUUGUUCCUAAAACACCAGCAGCUGUCCCAGGCAAGCCAGUUGGACCGGUCAAGUUCUCCCAAAUUUUGGCGGACUCUGUCACCCUGUCCUGGUCCCCACCAAAGAAAGAUGGCGGCUCCAAGAUCACCGGCUACGCUGUGGAGCUCUCCUCAGAUGGAGGCAAAACCUGGUCUGCUGUGGACACAGUGGAUGCCAAGACCACCAGCCUGGUAGCUAAAAACUUGAAAGAAGGCCAGAAGUACUUGUUCAGGGUGGCUGCUGUCAACAGUGUAGGCAAGGGAGAUUACUUGGAGUCUGAUGCAGUUACCCCUCAGAGACAAAUCACCAAACCUUCCAAGCCUACCGGACCUUUAGAAAUCUCCAAUGUCCAGAAAACUUCAGCCACCCUCUCAUGGAAGCCACCAAGUGAUGACGGUGGAUCACCCAUCACUGGCUAUGUCAUCAUGAAGAGGGACUCCAAACGCUCAAACUGGGCACCCGCUGGUAAAGUGGGCGGGUCCACCACUGAGUUCAAUGUGCUGGAUUUGUUGGAGGGCACUGAGUACUUUUUCAAGGUCAUGGCAGAGAAUAAAGCGGGUCAAGGUGAAGGACUGGAGACUGAGAAACCAGUGACAGCAAAGAGUCCCUUUGACAAACCAUCACCCCCAGUAGGUCCCCUUGAGGUGUCCAAUGUGACAGAAACAACAGCAGACUUGACCUGGAAGCCACCACAAAGUGACGGAGGGUCACCCUUGACCUCUUACAUCAUAGAGUCAAGGCCAACAACUCGCUCUACCUGGAUACAGGCUGGCAAGGUGAAAGGGGACGUCACCACCUUCACAGUGCCAGACCUGCGCUUGGAUACAGAGUACUUGUUCCGUGUCAUAGCUGUCAAUGCUGAAGGUCAGAGUUCACCUCUGGAAGGCAAGGAAUCCGCCAAGCCAACCAAGAAAAUAUCACCCCCCGGCCCACCACAAAAUGUGCGUGCAGCCAGAGUUGGCAUCGACUACGUCACACUCGAAUGGAAACCCCCAGCCACUGAUGGAGGGUCAAAGGUCAAUGGCUACCGCAUUGAAAAAGCAGAAGAGAUUUCUGGUGACUGGGUCAAGGUCGCUGACAUCAAGGCGGUGGACACAACCUACAAGGUUGAGCACCUGAAAGAAAACGUUGGCUACUACUUUGCUGUGUCGGCCAAAAAUGAAGCAGGUCUUGGUGAGCCCUGCGAGACUGAUGCACUGAUUAAACCCAAGAAGCCAGAAGGCCCACCAGGACCUCCAGUUGGCCCCAUUGCAUACUCUGACCUUGACAAGACCACUGUGACCCUCACCUGGAAACCGCCCACCUCAGAUGGAGGCUCUGACCUCACAGGUUACGUCAUAGAGCGUCGUGAGGCUGCCCGCACCCAGUGGACAAAGCUGGACUCGUGUCCACCCUCGGAUACCUCAGUGACCACAAGAAACCUGAUUGAGGGCAAUGAGUACUACUUCAGGGUGUGUGCAGAGAAUAAGCACGGCCGCAGUGAUUGGCUGGAGACUGAUAGCCCAAUCAAGAUGAGAAGUCCCUAUGAAAAACCAACCAGACCCAUUGGACCUUUAGAUCUCAGUGACCUGACCGCCAAGUCAGUGACCUUAACAUGGAAACCACCAGAAAGUGAUGGUGGCACCCCACUGACCGCUUACAUCAUUGAGUCCCGCCCCUCAGCCAUUUCUUCAUGGUCCCCGUUGGGCAAAGUUAAAGGUGAUGUUCUGACAUACACAGCUGAAGACCUAAGGGAGGGCACUGAGUAUCAUUUCCGUGUUAGUGCUGUCAAUCUGGAAGGUCAAGGUCCUGCCCUAGAAGCUAAAGACACAGUCAAGCCAACUAAAAAGAUUGAAUUACCUGGCCCACCAGCCAGUAUAAAAAUCUCAAAGGUCGGACCUGACUUCGUAAACCUGGAAUGGAAGGCACCAACUAAUGACGGAGGGUCAAAGGUCACUGGGUACAAGGUGGAGAAAUGUGAAGAGGAUGGUGAUAAGUGGGUCAAGGUUGCAGAGGUCAUGAGCUAUGACACAACCUACAAAGUGACUGGCCUGAAGGAUGACACCUCCUACCUGUUUGCUGUCUCGGCCAAGAAUGAAGUGGGCUAUGGUGAACCACUGGAAACUGACAAAGGUGUCAAGCCAAAGAGACCAGAGGGUAAACCAAGCCCACCUGUUGGACCAUUAAAGGUCAAGGACAUUGAGAAAACAUCAGUAACUCUAGCCUGGCAGCCCCCAACUGAUGAUGGAGGGUCACCCCUGACCGGCUAUGUGGUUGAGAAGAAGGAGGCUACUAGACCCACUUGGACAAAGGUCGAGCGUGUCAGCCCAGACAAGACCAGUCUGUCCGUGACCAAUCUUCUAGAAGGUUCUGACUACAACUUCAGAGUCUUGGCUGAGAACAAGCACGGGCCCAGUGAACCCAUAGCAACUGAUACCUCCAUUAAACCCAAAAGCAAAUUUGAUGUGCCAAGUAAGCCGCUAGGCCCAGUAGAUUUCUCUGGCUUAGAUGACAGCUCUGUGACUCUCACCUGGAAACCUCCCAGCAGUGAUGGUGGCCAACCUCUCAAAAACUACAACAUUGAGUACCGCGAUGUGCGCAGGUCCACGUGGUCCAAGGCCGGCUCUGUGCCCGCGGACGUCACCACCUUCAAGAUGGAGAAGCUCAUGGAAGGCACUGAGUACAUGUUUAGAAUCACGGCUGUCAACGAAGAGGGAGAAAGCCAGCCUUUGGAAUCUCUGGACACAGUCAAGCCACAGAAACCUGCAGCAACUCCUGGUGCACCUACAAACUUGAAAGUCAAAGACGUUGGUAAAGACUUCGUCAAGGUGGAGUGGAGUCCCCCCAAGUCUGACGGUGGGUCCAAGAUUACAGGGUACAGCCUGCUUGUACGUGAGGAUGGGUCCGAUGAGGCCAGGGAAGUUGGCAAAGUUGGAAGCCUCGAGACGUCCUUCACCUUCAAGAAUCUGAGUGACAAGAAGAAGUACAUCUUUGCAGUGGUGGCAGAAAAUAAACUGGGUCAAGGCGACCAGCUGGAAACAGACAGUCCUGUCAGGCCAAAGAAACCUGCUGCCAAGCCGUCCCGUCCAGUUGGACCAAUCAAAUUUACAGAAAUCACCCGCUCCACUGUAACCUUUACCUGGCGACCCUCUGAAGAUGAUGGCGGGGCAGAAAUCACUGGCUAUGCCCUUGAGUACCGUGAAAGCUGGAAGACGACAUGGACACCUGUGACUGUUGUGGCACCAGACAUCACCAGCUACUGUGUCCAGAACUUGAAGGAGGGACAGGAGUAUUUGUUCAGGGUCAUGGCAGAGAACCCCGUGGGUAGAUCUGAUGCUCUAGAGUCAGACAAGGUCACACCCAAACAUCCAUUUGACAAACCAAGCAAGCCUGAAGGUCCAAUCAGCUUCUCUAACCUUGAGGAAAGCUCAGUGACCUUGACCUGGAAGCCACCCAGCAGUGAUGGAGGCAAGCCCAUCCAGAGCUACAUCAUUGAGUACAGGGACCUGCGUCGUACUGCUUGGAUCAAGGCUGGCUCUGUGCCUGCUGAUGUCACAGCCUACAAGGUGGACAAGUUGAAUGAAGGCAACGACUACAAGUUCAGGGUCAUUGCUGUCAAUGAUGAAGGGGAGAGUCAGCCAUUGGAAUCUCCUGAAACCAUCAAGCCCAUUAAACCAGCUGGAAAACCAAGCUCUCCAAACAACCUGAAGGUCAAGGACAUUGGCAAAGACUUUGUGUCAGUGGAAUGGAGCCCGCCCAACUCAGACGGUGGCUCAAAACUCACCGGCUACCACCUGCUCGUCUGUGAGGACGGCUCAUCAGACUGGAAGAAAGUGGGCCAGGUGGGCAACCUCGAGUCCACCUACACCUUCAAAAACCUGAGCGACAAGAAGAAAUACAUCUUCGCCGUGGCCGCUGAGAACAAGCUGGGUCUCAGUGAGAAGCUGGAGACUGACAGGCCAGUGAAGCCAAAGAAACCUGCAACCAAACCGUCCCGUCCAGUUGGACCAAUCAAAUUUACAGAAAUCACCCGCUCCACCGUAACAUUUACCUGGCGACCCUCUGAAGAUGAUGGAGGGGCAGAAAUCACUGGCUAUGCCCUUGAGUACCGUGAAAGCUGGAAGACAACAUGGACACCUGUGACUGUUGUGGCACCAGACAUCACCAGCUACUGUGUCCAGAACUUGAAGGAGGGACAGGAGUAUUUGUUCAGGGUCAUGGCAGAGAACCCAGUGGGUAGAUCUGAUGCUCUAGAGUCAGACAAGGUCACUCCCAAACAUCCAUUUGACAAACCAAGCAAGCCUGAAGGUCCAAUCAGCUUCUCUAACCUUGAGGAAAGCUCAGUGACCUUGACCUGGAAGCCACCCAGCAGUGAUGGAGGCAAGCCCAUCCAGAGCUACAUCAUUGAGUACAGGGACCUGCGUCGUACUGCCUGGAUCAAGGCUGACUCUGUGCCUGCUGAUGUCACGGCCUACAAGGUGGACAAGUUGAAUGAAGGCAAUGACUACAAGUUCAGGGUCAUUGCUGUCAAUGAUGAAGGGGAGAGUCAGCCAUUGGAAUCUGCUGAAACCAUCAAGCCCAUCAAACCAGCAGGAAAUCCUUCAGCACCAACUAACCUGAAAGUGAAAGAAAUCGGCAAAGACUUUGUCAGUGUUGAGUGGAGUCCACCAAAGUCGGAUGGUGGAUCCAAACUGAUUGGAUACCGCCUGCUGAUCCGUGAAGAUGGAUCGGAUGAGUGGAAGGAAGUGGGAAAAGUUGGUGGGUUUGACUCGUCUUACACCUUCAAGAACUUGAGUGACAAAAAGAAAUAUUUCUUUGCUGUUGUGGCUGAGAACAAGUUAGGCCAGAGUGGUCGUCUUGAGACAGAGAACUCUGUGAAACCCAAGAGACCCUCAUCUAAACCAUCUGCUCCUGUUGGACCAAUCAAAUUCACUGAGAUCACCAGAAACUCCGUGACCUUCACCUGGAAACCUUCUGAAGAUGAUGGUGGUGACUUCAUCAACGGCUACGCCAUAGAGUACCGCGAAUCCUGGAAAUCAUCCUGGGUACCAGCAACAGUCGUGGCGCCAGACAUCACCAGCUACUGUGUCCAGAACUUGAAGGAGGGACAGGAGUAUUUGUUCAGGGUCAUGGCCCAGAACACAGUUGGAAGGUCACAGCCACUCGACUCUGAUUCAGUCAUCCCCAAACAUCCAUUCAGUCCACCAAGUGCCCCUCAAGGUCCACUAGAGACGUCAGACAUGACAGAAACCACUGUCACUCUCACCUGGAAGCCCCCCAAGUCAGAUGGUGGUCAGCCAAUCACGGCCUACAUCAUCGAGCGCCGUGACCUCAAGCGCACCACCUGGACACCUGUGGAGAAAAUCAAGCCUGAGAUAACAUCAUACACUGUCCAGAACUUGACCACAGGUGUAGACUACCACUUCCGGGUCAUGGCUGAAAACUCUGAAGGUGUCAGCCCCCCACUUGAGACGUCUGCUACCAUUAAACUCACAAGACCUCUUGGUGAGCCUGGAGCUCCUAAAGGACCAAUCAGAUUGUCAGAUUUCACUAGCACAACACUGACCAUCAACUGGCUGCCCCCAGAUGAUGAUGGUGGGUCCGAGGUCACAAAAUAUGUCCUUGAAAUCCGCAUUGCAGCCAAGGAAUGGACACAGCUGUCCAAAGUGGAAAGUUUCACCACCAAGUUCAAGGCCACUGACCUGAAGGAGAAGACAGAGUACACUUUCCGUGUCGCUGCUGUCAAUAAGAUGGGCCAGAGCAAAUGGUUGGAGUCUGAUAAGGUUGUUCUGGAGAAGCCACCAGAAAAACCUGGCCAGCCAGAACCACCUCUAACAAUGACAGACUUCAGCAAGACCAGCAUCACCCUCACAUGGGGCCCCAGCCAAUCAGAUGGCGGCUCCCCCAUCCAGCACUACGUCCUUGAGAAGCGUGAGAGCUGGAAGACAACCUGGCAACAUGUCUCCAAGGUCAAGCCAGAGGCACCUGGCCAGAAGCUGACCCACUGUGUCCAAGGUCUUAAAGAAGACCAAGACUACAUGUUUAGAGUGUUUGCUGAAAAUUCUGUUGGGGCAUCCAAGUCUAUUGAAACAACUACACCUUACAAACCAAGAAGCCCAUUCACUGUACCAGAAGCGCCCCAAGGGCCAAUUAUAGUUGACAAUGUAGGCGUCACUGAUAUCACAAUUAAGUGGAAACCCCCUGUUAACACCGGGGGCUUAGAUCUGGUCAGCUACUACAUAGAGAGGAGAGACACCAAGUACACGGCCUGGAUUAAAGUGGACACUGUCAAACCAAAUAUAAACACCUACUGCAUCCAGAAUCUUCUAGAAGGAAACGAAUAUGUUUUCCGAGUUUUUGCGGAAAACGCUGAAGGAAGGAGUGAACCUCUAGAAACUAAAGAAGCCAUAACUCCUGGGAGACCACCAGUGGCACCUUCUAUCCCCACUGGACCAAUCAGAUUUGAGGAUCUCACAGAAACCUCAGUCACCUUGGACUGGCUUCUGCCAAAAGAAGAUGGCGGAACACCAAUCACAGGCCACACAGUCAGGAUGUCUGUUAAUGGCGAGGAGUUCAAGGACAUUGGCAGAACUGAAGGCAAAAGCACCAAGUUGAAGGUCAAGGACCUGAAGACAGGCUCCAAGCAUGUCUUCCAGGUGUUUGCUGAAAACAAAGUUGGAAAGAGCAAACCUUUGGAGUCUGAAACUUUGGUGCCACAGAAAAAAGCCUCCAAGCCUUCUAAGCCAGUGGGGCCACUGCUUGUUCAGGAUGUGUCAAAGACCUCAGCCACCCUCCACUGGAAGCCACCAACGGAUGACGGUGGAGCACCCCUCAAGAACUACCUGAUAGAGAAGAGAGAUGCCACCCGCACCAGCUGGAGCCGCGUGGACAAAGUCUCCCCAGACAUCACCAGCUACUGUGUCCAGAACUUGAUUGACGGCUCUGAGCUGUACUUCCGUGUGUUUGCUGAAAACAAAGUUGGCAUGAGUGAACCUUUGGAGAUGGACAAGCCGGUGAAGAUCAAGAGUCCAUUUGAUGUACCGUCCUCACCUGUUGGCCCAGUCAAAGUCACUGACGUCACUGACAAGACCGCUGUCAUCACAUGGAAUGCUCCAGACUCAGAUGGUGGCACACCUGUGACAGGAUACCUGGUGCAGCUCAGGGAAGCCAGGAGGUCAGCCUGGACCAACUUCAAGGAACUGAGAGCUGAUGAAACAACGAUCACCUUGACCGGACUUGUGCCAGAUAACGAGUAUGUUGCUCAGGUCAUUGCUGUCAACAAGGAAGGUCAAAGUCAAGGUCUCAUCAGUGAACUAAUCAGGCCUCAGAAAAUUUUGUCUUGCCCAAGUGCACCACAGUCACUGUAUGUUAGAAACAUUGGCAAAGACAAUUUGACUUUAGAGUGGUCUGCUCCUGAAAAUGAUGGUGGAUCUAAAAUUAAGAAGUUUAUCAUUGAAAAAUCCAAGAAGGGCACAGAUAAAUGGGAGAAGGUUGUGUCUGUGGAUGGCUACAAAAACUACCUGCAAGUCUCAGACCUAGAGCUGGAGACUGAGUGGCUUUUUGCUGUCUCUGCUGAAAAUGAUGUGGGAGUGGGCGACAAAGCUGUCACAUCUAAGGCCAUCAAGCUGGACAAACCCAUCUAUCCCCCAUCUGCUCCUGAGGGACCUCUAGUGUUCUCAGAAAUAACAAAACGCAGUGCACGUGUCUCCUGGAAACACAGCAAGAAUGACGGAGGCGCUCCCAUAUCCCACUACAUCGUGGAGAAGCGUGAGGGCUGGAAGACAACAUGGCUGCCUGUGGAGAGAAUCAGUGGGGACAAGCUCACCUGUGAGCUGACUCACCUGCAGGAAGGUCAGGAGAUCUUCAUCCGCGUCACGGCUGAGAAUGUUGUUGGACAGUCCAAACCACUAGAGGGAGAGAACCCACUUGUUCCUAAAUCUCCAUACAACAAACCCGGUGCUCCAGAAAGUCUGAAAACCACAGAAAUCACUUCCAGCUCAGCCAGCCUCCAGUGGAAGCCUCCCUCAGACACUGGAGGUCUGCCCAUCACUUCCUACCUGGUGGAGCGCCGUGACAAGCGCUGGGGAUCCUGGAUCAAGGCCGGAGUUGUCAAAGCCACCACCAUAGACGUGCCCUCACUGCUGGAAGGGGCGGAGUAUUUCUUCCGCGUCUCUGCAGAAAAUGAAGAAGGGUUCGGACCUUUUGUUGAGUUAACUGAGGCAGUUAUUCCACUCAGAGAACCAGUUGCCCCAGAAAGGCCAGUGGGACCAGUGAGGUUCACCAACAUCGAGGCCACUGGUCUGAUCAUGGAGUGGCUGCCCCCCAGAGAAAACGGAGGCUCUCCUAUCACAGCCUACAAGGUUGAAGUUAGCUCUAAACAGGACGUGUGGACAGAAGUGACCAUCACAGAUGCUGAUGUCACCAAGAUUAAGGUCAAGGAUCUUACAGAAGGUCAGAAGGUUUGGUUCCGAAUCACUGCUUUCAACAAGGUCGGAGCUAGCAAACCUCUUGAAUCUGACUCUGUAGUGCCACAACGCCAGAAAGGUCCACCCAGCACUCCAACUAAGCCAAUCAGUGCAAAGGUUCUCACAAGAGAUUCUGUGUCCCUGACGUGGGGACCCCCUGAGGAUGAUGGAGGUUCUGGCAUCACGGGGUACAUCAUAGAGAAGAGAGAAGCCCUGAGGAUGAACUGGACCCGCGCAGAAAAGACACUGACUGACGCCACAACUGUCACAGUCAAAGCUCUGGUGGAAGGUAGCGAGUUCUACUUCCGUGUCGCCGCGGUCAACAAGCAAGGCACCAGUCCAUUCUUAGAGAUGGACAAACCAGUGAUGCUUAAAUCUCCAUUUGAAGUCCCAUCUCCCCCUGAGGCACCAUUGAAGAUACUAACAGUAACUCAGGACUCCUGUGAUUUAGAGUGGUCUCCCUCUAAGUCUGAUGGAGGCUCACCCAUCCUGAAUUACUCUGUUGAAAUCCGUGAAUCUCGGCGCAGUAUGUGGGGCAGAGCUGGUGUCACUAAAGGUGAUGUCACCAAGUACACUGCCCGCAACCUGGUUAUAAACAAUGAGUACUUCUUCCGCAUCCGGGCGGUCAACGCAGAGGGGGAGAGCCAGCCAUUGGAGGGAACAGAGUCUGUUACUCCAAGAAUAAAACAAGAGCCACCUGGCAAACCAGUGACCAUUCACGUACCCAAGUCCACUGAGGAUGGACUGACAGUGGAGUGGAAACCACCAACCAAUGAUGGAGGUGCCAGGAUUAAGAAAUACAAAGUACAGAUGAAAGAGGAUUCUCCGUCAUCCAAAUGGGUUGAUGUGGGAACCACCGAUGGCUUCAAGACCAACAUCUCAGUGCCCAAUCUGGACACCAGCAAGAAGUACAAGUUCCAGGUGGCUGCUGAAAAUGAGAUAGGGCUGGGUGAAUACCUGGAGACAGAGAGAGCAGUAGCCCCAACAAAAGCUAUGAAGCCUCCAUCCCCACCUGAGAACCUGCGGGCCACUGAGGUGCAGCGCGACGCGGUCACCAUCGCCUGGGACCACAGCAAGAGUGACGGAGGAUCUCCAGUCACCAACUACAUCAUAGAGAAGAAGGAAACCUAUAAAUCCUCAUGGGCUCACGUUGACAGGGUAAAAUCUGUUGUCACAUCAGCAGAAGUUCUGUACCUGACAGAGGGUCAGUCUUAUGACAUCAGGGUCAUGGCAGAAAAUGUGGCCGGAAUAUCCGAACCAGCUGUCCUAGAUGAUGCAGUAGUCCCACAGAGCCCAUACAAGCCCCCAUCAGCUCCAGUUGGCCCACUAGAGGUGAAAGAUAUCACAAGCACCACUGCUACCAUCUCAUGGAAGGCCCCUGAGAAAGAUGGAGGCUUACCCAUCAAAAGAUACACCAUAGAGCGCAGGGAUGCCAAGAGGCAGGCUUGGAUGAAGGUGGAUGCUGUCAAGCCUACUGUCCACACCUUUGAGGUGACUGGACUCAUGGAGGGGAGCAACUACAUUUUCAGGGUGUUUGCUGAAAAUGCUGAAGGUGUGAGCAGCCCUCUAGAGUCAGAUGCCCCAGUGACAUGCCGUAGAGCACCUGAAAAACCUGGCUCACCAUCUGGCAAGCUGAGAGCAAGUAAAAUCCAACCUGAUUCAGUAACCCUUGAUUGGUUGCCACCUUUAGAUGAUGGUGGUUCCCCCUUAACAGCCUACAUCAUUGAGGCAAUGGACAGCAAAUCUAAUGAAUGGAAAACAGUGGCUGAGGUUGAUCCUAACGCUACACGACAGCUGAUCAGAAACCUGACUGAAGGAGAGCCAUACAGGUUCAGGAUCUGUGCCCAGAAUGUGAUUGGUCGCAGUAAGCCUGUAGAGACAGAGUCUACUGUUGUUCCGUCAAGACCACUGGAGCCACCAGGAGCACCUCGAGGUCCAUUGAAAGCUGAGAAUGUCAGCAAGGAUUCUAUCAAGCUCUCCUGGCAACCCCCUCUGGAUGAUGGUGGCUCACCUAUAACCCACUACAUCAUAGACAAGCUGGACAUUCAAAGAGGAGGCUGGGUCCGCGCUGCCCGUGUGCCAUCCACCAACACCAACUGUCUGGUCAGUGGCCUGGUGACUGACCACGACUACAACUUCCGCAUCUACGCUGAGAACAAGCUGGGUGUGGGUGAACACCUGGACAUGAAGGCCUCCAUCAAGUGCAAGAGUCCUUACAAUGUUCCAUCCAGUCCAAGAGACUUGGUCGUCUCUGACAUCACAGAUGAAUCUGCCCAGCUGGACUGGUCACCCCCAGAGGAAGACGGAGGCACUGAAGUCCUGGGAUACCUCAUAGAGAAGCGCGAGGCAGGCAAGCAACAGUGGACGCGAGUUGGACACACUGAGGCCAAGACCAGGUCCAUCAAGGCCCGCAAUCUUCUGGAGGGCCGUCCUUACACAUUCAGGGUGAUGGCAGAAAACAUGGAGGGUCUCAGUGAACCUCUGACACUGUUGAAGCCCAUCACACCAGAGAAACCCAUAGAGCCCCCAGGCCCACCUCAGGAUGUUGCCUGCCUCUCCAUUGACCGCGACUCUGUCACACUUGAGUGGCAGAAACCCCGAUACGACGGAGGCGCACACAUCACAAGCUACAUCGUAGAGAAGCGUGAGGGCAAGGCAGCGUCAUGGGUGACAGCUGCUGACACAGAGGGCACCACUUGCAAGUGUGUGGUCAGGGGCCUGAUUGAGGGGUACGAGUACGAGUUCAGAGUCAGGGCCAAGAACUCUGCUGGUCUUGGUGAACCUGGAAACUUGUCAGCCUCGGUUGUACCCUCAAAGCCACUGGAAAAACCAUCAGCCCCCAUUGGACCACUAGAGCUAACAAACAUCACAGAGGACACGGUCACUCUGAUGUGGUCAAGUCCUAAAUUUGAUGGUGGCAGUCCUGUCAAACACUACAUCAUUGAGAAAUCUGAUCUGAGACGUCCAAAGUGGCUUAGAGUGGAUUCUAUACCUUCUGAUGAAACCACAUUUAAGGUUGAGAACCUUCUGGAAGGUGUUGAGUACCAGUUCCGUGUGAUGGCUGAAAACAAAGUGGGCAUCAGCCAGCCUUUAACAUCAGACCAGACAGUCAAACCCAAGAGUCCUUAUGGACCUCCAUCUAGCCCGGUUGGUCCAAUCAAAACCCUGCAAAUAACAAGAGACUCAGCAACCAUCCAAUGGCAGCCUCCGUCAUCUGAUGGGGGUUCCCCAAUAACAAGCUAUGUGGUGGAGCGCCAUGAGGAGGGGAAGAGAGCCUGGAUGUACUGCGGCCGCACAGACUCAUCUGUCAACAUCUUCACAUGCGCAGCUUUGUAUGAAAACCAAGAACAUUUCUUCAGAAUUUACGCUGAAAACAAAUAUGGCCGCAGUAAGCCGCUAGAGUCUGACAUUGCAAUCAUUCCAAAGAGAGUAUUUGAUAAACCCUCACCCCCUGAACACCUGAGGGCCGAGAAGGUGGACAAGGAUUCCCUGACCCUCGUCUGGUCCCCACCUGAGGAUGAUGAUGGGACAAUCACCAGGUACAUCCUGGAACAGAAGUUGGCUGACUCCGACAAGUGGGAGAAGAUUGCUGAAGUCCCAGGCAAAACUAAAUGGUUCAUGGCCAAGAAUCUCCCUACAGGUAAAUCUCUAGUUUUCCGAGUAUCAGCUGAGAACCCAGCUGGAAGAAGUCAACCAACAGAGCUCUCCAGUCCUGUUGCACUUAAAGUUAUAAAAGAAAAACCCAAAGCAAUCAAGAAAGCUCCGAGUGUAGACGAGAUUGGUGAAACUUUUGUACAACUGUCAUGGCUGCCUCCAGAGUCAGAUGGAGGCUCUCCUGUGACUGGCUACAUCCUGGAGAGGCUGGACAUGAGUGGAAAAUCCUGGCUACCUGUGACUAAACAGCCAAUCAAAGAAUUGAGUUAUAGAGCAACAGACUUGAAGAACAACCUGGCAUACGAGUUCAGAGUCAGAGCUGAAAAUGGUGUGGGCGUGUCUGAGCCGUCACCCUCUUCAGAGCCGUUCAUCUGUGGACAUAAAAUAGCUCUGGAUGCUCCAAAGUUCAUAGCCGAGUUUGGUGACCUAUCUGUGCCAGUGGGUCAAGAUGCCAAGUUCAUGUGUCAAGUGAUUGGUCUGCCAACACCCGAAGUUUCUUGGUUCCGCAACUACAGGGAAGCUUACGAGGGAAGGAAGUGCUGGAUAAGACAUGAGGCCACCAACCAGACUCUGAUCAUCAAGAAUGUGGAGUUUGCUGAUGCUGGGGACAUUGAAUGUCAGGCUAGAAACAAGUACGGAGCGGUCAGCAUCAGGGCCAAGCUUCAUGUGCUAGCUGCACCUCAGAUAGACUUCUCAGACAGCUAUGGCAAGGGCCUGCGCUUCUGCCGUGGCGACACCAUCAAGGUGCGCAUCCCAAUCUCAGGCACCCCAACACCCAGCACCACCUGGUCAAAGGGUAGGGAAAUCCUGGAGGUCGGAGGUCGCAAAGGUCGUGUGGACAUUGUCGGCACCAACUUGCACACCACCUUGAUCAUUGAGGACUGCCUCAAGUCAGAUGAGGGGCACUACACAUUACAGGUGGAGAACCAGCUUGGUUCAGCCAUGGUAGACAUUCCUAUCCUUGUUGUUGAGCCCCCAGACCCUCCCCAACAGCCUGUGAUCAAAGAAGCCGACAAACACAGUGUCGAGCUGUCGUGGACGCCCCCUCAGUACGACGGAGGAUCACCCAUAACUGGAUACGUUGUGGAGCGCAGGGAUCCAAUCACAGGCAUCUGGAGGUGGGCCCUGGCCACUCCGGACGCUUUCUGCACAGUUGCCUGUUUGGAGGAACACGGAGAACACAGGUUCCGCGUCAUGGCUGAAAACAGAUUUGGCGUCAGUGAACCGAGCAGAGAGUCUGAGAUUGUUGUGACGAAGGAAGCUUUGCCUUCAAUUAACUAUGAUGAGCUCUAUGAUGAAAAAUUCCUAGGAUCUAUUGUUGAUGUGAACUGCAUCAAAGGAGAUGUCCUCGGGAAGUAUAUCAUUUGUGAAGAGCUCGGAAGAGGGGCUUUUGGAGUGGUCCACCGUGCCGUAGAAAGGGCAACUGGCAAGAACUGGGCAGCCAAGUUCAUCCACUGCCGCCCGCAGGACAAGGACAUCAUCAGGCACGAGAUUGACAUCAUGAACAGUCUACAUCACCCCAAACUUCUGCAGCUUCACGAGGCCUUUGACCAGAGAGGAGAGAUGGUCAUGAUACUGGAGCUGCUGAGUGGAGGUGAGCUGUUUGACAGGCUGGUGGAGAAGGAGUACACACUGACAGAGGAGGACUGCAUCACCUACAUGCGGCAGAUCUGUCAAGGUGUGCAGCAUAUGCACCACAGCAACAUACUACACCUGGACCUCAAGCCUGAGAAUGUGAUGUGUGUGACGAGGGAUAGCAACGAUGUCAAAAUCAUUGACUUUGGUCUGGCCCAGAAACUUGAGGAAGGGAAGUCAGUCAAAGUUUUAUUUGGUACAGCAGAGUUCUGUGCCCCUGAGAUCAUCAACUUUGAGCCUGUAUCAUUCUCCACUGACAUGUGGUCACUUGGUGUGGUGGCCUAUGUGCUACUCAGUGGCUACUCACCAUUUGCUGGUGAUGACAACCACCAAACAUUCCAAUUUGUUAACCAAGCUGAUUAUGACUUUGAUGAUGAGGUCUGGGAGUUUGUCUCAGACGACGCUAAAGACUUCAUCAAACGUUUGCUCAUCAAGGAUAAAAAACAAAGAUUAACUAUUGAUGAGGCUUUGAAUCACCCAUGGCUCAAUCCACACCCUCGCGCUCCUGCUGCUGUAGUUGAUGGAUCUGCUCAAAAGAAACUUACUGGUCAGCCACUGUCCACUGCCCAUCACAAAGACUACAGGACACGAACCAAGCACAAGGAGGAUGAGAUGGACGUCCUGCCUAUUGGCAAGCUGUCCAGGGACAGUGCUGUCAUGAGGAAGGAAGGAGACUUGGGCAUUGUGAUGAGGAAACUUGUCAUGGAAAUGCCAGAGCAUGCCCCAUCCUUCAUAGAAGAACUUUCACAUGUGACAGGCUAUGAAGGGUCAAGGACACAGUUGGCCUGCAAGGUCAUUGGCAAACCUACCCCACAAAUUACCUGGUUGAAGAAUGGCGAGACCGUGCCUGAAGAUGAGCGCCACCACACGACCUUCAAGGACGGGGAGGCAACUCUCCAGAUCAACGUCCUCAGCACAGAGGACGCUGGGACCUACACCUGUCAGGCCGUCAAUGACCUGGGGGUGGCAGAGACCAGCGCAGAUGUUACAGUUGAAGAGGUCAGGCACAGAAGAAAGAGGAUGGAAGAUGAUGAGGCAUCAAUUAGGUUCAUGCGUCCGGCCCAUGAGUAUGACAUGACCAUGCUGGACACCAACAUAGCACCUGAGUUCACCCUGCCUCUCAUUGACCAGUCCAGAGCUGUUGGGGAUGAGGUGACCUUCACAGUAACAGUGACCUGCCGACCCGAGCCAGAUGUCACGUGGUACUUUGGCAGCGAGAAAGUCCUGAGAUCCAGCAGAAUUUCAUUCCAUCACGAGAAGGGGGUCUACCGCAUGACCAUCCUCAACCUCAACCUCAAAGACGCCGGAGAGUGGAAGUGCCAGGCCAUCAACGCCUAUGGCGAGGCCUGGUGCUCUUGUGACCUAAAAAUAAUCGAGCACAUUCCAGAAGGUCACGUCAAGCCCAGGUUUGUCAGGGAGCUGGAGUACAUGACCGUCACCCAGGGCAGUCUGGUCAGGCUCGAGUGUGCUGUCACUGGCCAGCCCAAACCUCAGAUUAAAUGGUACAAAGAUCGUCUGAGGAUUGACUCCGAUGCCCACUACAAGAUCCGAUCCUAUGAAGAUGGCACCGCUACUGUGGUGAUUGAGGGCGUCAAUGUUGAAGAUGCUGGCGCCUACAUGUGUGUGGCAGAAAAUGAUGCAGGAUCAACUUCCACUGAGGCCAGGAUACGUGUACAGAAGAUCUACGAGGAGAGACCCACACAGGACAUGACCACCUCACGUUUGGAGGGUCUCCCCAGGCCAGAGGACGCGCCUUACCUGAAGUACCGCACCCUGGUUCCACCUGACUUCACAGCCAAGCUGAAGAACAAAACAGCGCCAGAGGGCAGCACUGUCAGGCUGAGCUGCUCCGUCACUGGAGUUCCAGCACCCGCGGUCAAGUGGCUGAGAGAUGGUCAGGAGAUCUUUGAUGGUCAUGAUUACACCAUGAGGAACAACUACGGCCUCCUGUCUUUGGAGAUUGUUUACGCCAAACAAUCCCUGGCAGGCAAAUACACAGUCGAGGCCUCUAACAGUGAGGGGUCUGUCUCAUGCUCAUGUACCCUCGAUGUUGAAUGUGAAGAAGAGGCCUCCAGCAUAGAGCUAGACUUCCUGAGACCAAAGUUCUUGAAACAGAUUGAAGAGCUCUAUGUCAAUGAAGGGGAAGAUGCCACCUUCACAUGUAUUGCUACUGGCAAGCCAAUGCCUGCCUUCAAAUGGCAACGCGAUGUGAUCAACAUCACCGCUGGCAAGAAUGUUGAGUCUGAGUGGGACAACCAAGGCCACGCCCACCUGACCUUGAAAAACGUCAAGCCCUCAGAUGGUGGUCUCUACUACUGUGUGGCCUACUCCCGGUCAGGUCGGGCCAAAUGCUCCGCCUACCUCCAUGUCAAAGCUAAAUCCCCCUCCCCCGUCAGCACCAAAGAAACAGCUGAAUAUGCCAGGGCCAGCUAUAGAGAGGUGAGAUCCUCUGAGAGAGGAUUUGCUAACCUGGGCUCACCCCCCACCCUGGCCCUCAUGUUGCCCAACUCAUUGGACGUUGUUGUUGGGGAGAGGCUCAAGUUGGACUGUUCCGUACAGGGAUUCCCAGUCCCACUUGUGACUUGGCAUAAGGGAGACAGAGAGCUCAUGUAUAGCCAGCGCCAUCGCAUCAUCCUGUGUGGAACUCUCCAUACCAUGGAGAUUCCUCAAACCAUGACCAUAGACAAGGGAGAGUACAUCGUCAGGGCAACCAACAUCUACGGAACCAUUGAAACCUCUUGUCAUGUCAACAUCUUGCCUCAGGGAUCUAAAGUUGCUGUACCACCAGACUACAGACGUGAGGCAAUGCGAGAUGCUGCUAGAAUGAACUUACAAGACAUAGACGAAGAAUGUGGAAGAGAAGCUGUGGGUUCGGCACACAGACGACCACAAGCACCUUUCUUCAUCAAACAUUUGCCCAAAACAAUUGACGUCAUGCAAGGCGUUGAUGUCAGGUUGGACUGCAUCCUGCGUCGCGGCAUUGAGCUGAUCAGAUGGUCCACUUCACCUGAUGUUGAGAGAACAAAGAAAGACCUUGCUGAUGAGGGCUACCAUGGAGAUUUCAUUCCCAUGAGUAAGAGCUCUCAAGACAAGGAGGAAAGAAAAUCAGACCGCGACAGUAGACUGGAACACCCCCUCUUCUUGACCACACCCCAGGAUCUGGAACGUCCAGUUGGAAGUGAGGCUGUGUUUGAGUGUACCAGCUCUGGCAAUCCUGAGCCUGAAAUCAAAUGGUACAAAGAUGGCAGAUUACUGAUAGCUACAGGAUCAGUACAAAUGACCACAAUAGGAAACAAACAUAAGUUGAAACUAAAAUCCAUCUUAAGAUCCGAUCAAGGUGAAUAUGAGUGCAAGGCCAAAUCUAUCGCAGGGACAAAGACUUGUGGGGCUGUCUUAACGGUGGUUGAUGAUUCCUCUGACCGCAGACCCUCUAAAACGCAACCAGUUGUUGAGGAGGAUCAACAAACAUCGUCAGACAGCAAGACACAAGAAUCCAGUCCCAAACAAGAAAAGAAAGAAGAAAAAGAAGACAGAUUAGGCCAACAAACAGAUGGCAAGCAAGACAAAUUAAAUGUCCAAUAUGAAAAACCACAAAAGCCUGCUUUCAGUCAACCCCUUCCCAAGACCACCAGCGCCAAACAUGGGGAGGACGUUGAACUCUUGGUUCAAGUGUCCCCUGGGGAGGUGGCCAGUGUCAAGUGGGAGAUGGAUGGAAAGGAGCUGCCCAAGGAAGCUCGUUUCUUUGUUUCCUGUGGUCAAGCCAUCAACGAACACAAGUUAACCAUUUGUAAAGCUACAGAAAAAGAUUCAGCCAAAUACACAUGUGUGGUCACACUCAAGGAUGGUGACCUCAUUCACACCUCCACCAAAGUGACCAUAGCAGCUGAAGAAACAAAUGAAGAAGGAUUUGAACCUCACUUUACAACAAAAUUAAAAGACACAACUGUCAAGGAUGGGGAGGGGCUGACCUUGGAGUGUGAAAUUGAAGGCAACCCCCGCCCCCAGAUCUCGUGGAUCAGGGAUGGUGUGGAGAUUUUUGACAGUCAGGACUUCCAAAUCUCUAUGAUUGGCUCCCAUUGUAAACUUCAAAUCAAUGAGAUCUACCCUGAAGAUGAGGGCAAAUACAGCUGUAAGGCAGUCAACAACUUAGGGGAAGCAAUCACUGCUUGUUAUGUUUCUGUUGAAGAACUGGGCGGCUACGUGUCGGCCGACUCCGCUUCCACCACCUCGUCUAGAAGUAACGGUAAAGCCAAAGAGAAAACAGACGGCACAGAAGAUAAAGCAACUUCCGCAAAAAAGAAGUCUCAGAAAGUGCCAGAAAAACCGGAAGUAGCCCCAGAGCUGGUGGUCAAGCCCAGGAGACAGUUCACCGACGACGGGGCCACCGCCAAGUUCAAGGCCAGCUUCGACGGGUCAACGAGUACAAUUCUGUUUUGGAGCAAGGAUGGGGUCGUGCUGAUCUCGGAUGAGCACUUUAAGAUUUACGAGGCCGGCGGAUUCCAUUAUCUAGAGGUCGUACACGUCACAGCAGACGACACAGGGAUCUACGCGGUCACGGUGCAGAACUCAGCAGGCUCGGACACUGCUUCUGCCGAGUUGGAAGUCUUUGUGAAGCCAAAACUUCUGUCUAAAUCUGGACCAGAAUGGGAGCAGCCAUUGAAAGAUUUAGUGGUGCCAGAAGAUGAAGAGAAUGUGGAGCUGAAAUGUGUUGCUAAAGAUAUCACAAAACCUACUAGCAAAUGGUUCCACAAUGGCCAAGAAAUAUUUUCAGGGUUCCGUAUGAAACUGUCCCAUGAAGCACAGACUAGCACGCUGAGCAUUAAGAAGAUCCGCAGGACUGACGCAGGAGAGUUUAAGUGCAUAAUGGCAGGAAGUAACGGAGAACUAGAGACCUCGUGUCAUUUAAAAGUUGGAGAAGACGAGGAACUGGAAGCUCCAGUAUUUGUGAAAGAAUUAGAAGACAUAGAGGUAGAGGAGGGAGCUAAGUUGGAGCUGGGAGUUGAGGUCACAGGCGAACCGCCAAUCGAGGUGUUCUGGUACCACAAUGAUGUGGAAAUAACUGAGGACAGCCCACAUUUCUUGCUGGCGUCAGUGGGUACCCUUCACACCCUAACUCUGUCCUGUGUUACCUUGGACCAUGCUGGAGAGUUUGUGUGUGAGGCUUAUAAUAAUUAUGGCGAUACUGACACCUUUUGUCUAGUAGAUGUGAAAGAAGUAGAACACCCAGAAGCCCCAGAUUUCAUAACCCAACCCAUACCUUCACUCACCUCACAAGAGGGGAAAACUGUGACCUUCACUUGCCAUGUCAAAGGUCAACCUCAACCCCAGGUCAUAUGGGAAAAGGGAGGUGUGGCCAUAGCAUCUAGCCAAAAAUAUAAACUGACUCAGAUCCAGGACAAGCACAGUUUGUUUAUAUACGAUGUUGACCAGUCUGAUACGGGGGAGUACACCUGUCACCUGCAAAACAGCGUAGGUAAAACAUCCUCCACCUGCACUCUACACCUGGCAGAUGAUGAAACCAGGGGCACAGACGAGGUCAAGGCUGCUUUAAAAAUGAGGCUGAGCAAGCUCAGAGAACUACACUCUGAAACUGAGUACCCAGCUACGGUUGGUGAGCCAAGGUCUCAUGUGAGUGCACACACCCUCCCCCCUGACACUGAGCACCCAGCUGCACCCAUUGAGCUGAGACCCCAUUCAGGUGCACACAAGGACCCCAAACCACCUGUGCCUGCCCCUAGGACUAAAACUCUACAAGACUACAAGGCCACAGUUGCAGCAAAGUCUGCAGGCGUCAAUACUUACAACACAGAGGACAGUAACCCAGUGGCUAAUAACAGAGCAACUGACUAUGCUAAAAUCAAACCAACAGACAAUGAUAAAAUCAAAUCAACAGACAGUAAUAAUAUCAAACCAACAGGCAAUGAUAAAAUCAAACCAGCAGACAAUGAUAAAAUCAAACCAACACAUAAUGCUAAAAUCAAAUCAAUAGACAAUGAUAAAAUCAAACCAGCAGGCAAUGAUAAAAUCAAACCAACAAAUAAUGCUAAAAUCAAAUCAACAGACUAUGAUAAAAUCAAAUCAACUGGGUAUUCAAAAGAGAAUUCCCCUUCUCAUCCUAACCAGCCUAAUGAACCCAUAUCUGACUUUAGAUCUGUUCUACACAAAAAAUCUAAAACCCAAACGGGGGAGAAGUUAAAGAAGGAUUUACCCAAGAAUGAAGAACCUAUAACUGAUUUUAGAAGUCUUUUAAAAUCUAAACCUAGAGAGUCUAUUGUUCCGGAAAAUUCUGGAACCAAGCAGAAGGAGAUAGAUUUUCGUGAAGUUCUCUCUAAAAGUAAGGAUAAAAAUGUGAAAAGUAUUUCCAAGGAAACAGAUUCUGUGAAAACCAUUCCAAAUUUAGCAGGCCCUGUUGACAUAGUGCUAUCUCACAGUGACAAAUCUACAAUUGUGUUUUCAAAUCCUGAGCCUUUAACUGUCCAUCAAAAUAACUUACACUCUAGUGAGAUAACAUCCCAUAGAAAAGGUGGCGUGGAUGUUGGGAAUGUGUCUGACCAACCAAAACCUUCUACAGACCCAGUUUUUGUGGCAACUCCCAUCAUUCUCAGAGCUAAUGAGCUCAGUGUUCAACCUCCUUCAUCAUCAGCUCACCUCACAUCUAAAGAUUUAGACGCGGUUAACGGUUACGAUGAAGGUGACAACCACAGUUUCGAGCAGGAUAAAGCCAAUGAAAAGUUCACCACUACGAUGAGCCUGGUCAUAUCCCCAACAGCUGUUUCUGUCAAACAGGACAACAGCGGUGGUUACACAGCCGUCCCCAUCCAGUUCCACGCUGCAGGUGUUCACAGUUCCACCCCACCCGGUGCUUAUCCCAACACAACAGAAAAGUCUUUCAGUCUUCCACUUAGCUCCCCAGUGAACAUGGUGCUUGUCAGCUCAACAGACCCAGAGUCCAAAAGAUUAAUGUCAGUCCACAUAAAUAGCUCAAAAGAUGACCAAUUCUCUUACAAUGUACCUGAAAUUAAAGAAACCCAUUCCUUACACGUUGAAACAAAUCCUGGUGUUAAUAGUAUAAAUCUCGCUAAAGUUAAUCUUGUAGAAAAAGCUGAAGAUAUUUCCUCUCAGACCAACUCUAAGAGUCUGAACACAGAUCCAUCUGAAGAAACAAGCACGCGGAGAAUAAGUUACAUUGAAUUUCUACCCAGUGCCCACACCAAACUGCUGACAUCUGAAUCCAUCUCACCAAAUAUGCCCAAAUCUGCCACUCUGCCUAGGUCAUUCUCCCUACACACUGACCACCCCUUCUCGCUAGACGGUUCAUCACUUGGUUGUGAAACGAACACAGAAGACUGUGAUGUUUUCUCUGAAGAUUCCGAUGAUUUGUCCUCGUCCAUCUCCGAUACAUUAUCCUAUCAAGAUUUCGGCAACAGUUCUUUAAAAAACCUGAGGUCUACUACCACUGAAGCUGGUUUUUCAAUGGAUAGACCAUUAAGUUCUACUAUACCACAAACCUAUACAAAUGGUGCAAAGAAAUCCUCAGAUUCUAGAACUUCUGUACAGUUUGUUUCAACAGAAAAGGAUGAAAAUUCCAAUACCAAAUCCUCCACGUUUAAGCUAAACUCAAACAGGUCGAAGUCCACAUCGUUUAAGCCAGACUUAGAAUGUGAUUCUGAUGAUUUCCGUGCGGUUAAGCUUAGGUCAUCAGGUACAAAACCUGCAGUAAACUCCCAAUUCAGGUCUAGCAAAAACCUGUCUCAGUCCACGGAGAAUUUGUUUACACAUGUCAGACUCAAACCUGUUAAUGCUAAAGCUGAAAACUCCAGGAGAUCACACGCACCUAUUCUCGAUAGGGUUCAACCUAAGGCUAAGAGCGGUAACUUUUCCAGCGUUGCUGACGUGAAAUCAUUUAACACUUCUACACGUUUUACAAGCUCAUCCAAAGUCACAGACCGUUUUCCUUUAAGGAGAGAUCACCCUCCAUCUACAAAGAAAGAUAAUCUAACAACUAGAAACAGAGACAGCAAGGAAGUCAUUAAACCUAAAGAUAUAAUCAGCAAGUUCGAGAACUUUUCUCAAGGCAAAAAUAAUUCAUAUGCUGAGUCACCAAUAACUUCUGCUAAAUCUGAAACUUCUGCUAAAAUUAUCGAAAGUUCUUUUACAACGGACUUAAAGCUUUCAAAACAAGUCCCAUCUCACCAGGAACGAUCUGCCGUAACCAAAGAAGCUAGUUUUGACAGCAAGCCAGAUAAAAAUGUGAACUUAUCAGACCAAAAAAGUUUUGAGCCAAAGAAAAUGUUAAGCGCAAUUGGGAAGUCUUCAUCCAAUGAUGAACUUCUGCAAGAAAGUUUUGUGAAAAACAAACCUCUUGACUGGGUGAAAAUCAAAUCUGCGGAUAAAAGGUUUUCUUUGCAAAUCGAAAAAGCUCCGUUUAGCUCUAGAAGAUCUGUGUUUGAAGGGCAGGAUGAUACAACUGCACUGAAGACAUUGCUGAAACCAAAGAAAGAGAAGAAGGAAGCAGUGGAUGCUGGGAGCUUCAAGAACAAGAAGGAGCUGUUCGAGAGCUUGCAGCAGAAGGCUCAGCUCAUCUCUGAGAGCCCGGAGGUGGUCGGUAGUGGUCAUAGCAAGAGCCGGGUCAUACGUGAUAAGUCACCGAGAGGUGGGGUCAUAGGGUCAAGGGUCAAGCAUGAUGCUAAGCCUGAAUGGGUGAGUAAAAAGACGUUGAGGAACGUUGGUGCUAGGAUGGUGGAUUCUGGUGUGGGAAAACAUACUGACCAAUCAGUGAGUGAUGUUCGGAUGUCUAAAUAUACUGACCAAUCAGGAAGUGAUGCUAGGCUUUCUAAAUAUUCUGACCAAUCUUUACAUGAUGUUAACAAUGUUGGAAAACAUUCUGACCAAUCAGCGAGUGUUGGAAGUAGGUUGUCUAAAUAUACUGACCAAUCAUUGAAUGAUGAUAAGUUGUCUAAAAAUACAGACCAAUCAAUGAGUGCUGCUAGUAGUAAUGCUGUAGCAACAGAGAGACAUAGUACCGUCACCAAAAACAAAGCUGAAACACAUACUCUGGCACCACAGCCAGCAGCAGUGCCAUCAGAAGACAAGCCAUCUCAGAGAACUUCACCCCCAAAAGCUGGUAAUGAAGUUAAUAUGCCAAUAGAUGAUAAAAUCGUGGAAAUUUCUGAUAAAAAAUUAUCCAAAAUAUCGGAAAACAUUCAGCAAAAAAUAACCACAGAAAGUAUUACACAGCAGACAUCCAUUCGACCAGCUCGAUCUAAACCAGACGCAGACGACAAAAACGAAUCAUCUUCCACACAACCAUCAGCUACAUCUGCACCAGAGCAGCAGGUCGAAAUCCCCAAAACUUCCAAGAUUUCAGAGUCAUACUUCCCCACGCCAGAGGACAGCGCGGAAAUCCCCAAUGUGGCCCAGUGGCGAAAAUCCCGACUCAGUCGUGCCAUCCCUUUCUACCCCACCCACGACAACGAACCCCUCUACCCCACCGAUCUCUCCCGAUCGCUCGAUGACUCCGAGUCAGCUAUCUCCACCACCUCCAUGUCCUCGUCGGCGUCAGAUUUCUCCCACGUCACCAACGACUCCAGCUACGGAAGCGGCGACUCGCGGAAAAUUUUCGACAAGGAAAAAAUCCGCGCUCGCCGAGACGCACCUGCGCUGGUUACCAUGGACGACAAUGACGUCACAGCCGUCUCGCAGACAACGCUCACCAAUGUUCCAGACAAGACAGAAGUAGACACAAACAGCCAAAGUCAAAUUUACGACCAAAAUGUCUCCGGAAAAUUGAAUAAAACAAAUUCAAGCUCCGAACUUACAAACACUGAACCUGAUAGGAGCACUAGAUUGGAUAUCUACAGAACUAAGUACAGAGAGAAUAAAUCAGGAGAUGCUGAUACCAGUUCGGAUAAAUUAAAAGACGCUGAAAGCAGACGGUCUUAUGCCACGGAGAGAAGGUCAAGGUUGAAUAAAGAACAGGUCAAGGAGCCCAGUGACCCCACCAAAAUCAGGGAUGAGCGGCGGGUCAGCUCGUACCUCCGCACCAAGCACAAAGUUGAGUACCUGAACUCCGACUCCAACGAGAGCGACAGCGAGGUCUUGGCCAGGAGGAGCAGGUACCGGGUCUCUAAAAGCGAAGAUCAGGGCGGAGCGGAUAUCCCUGGGGGAGUUAAACGACCGUCCGACCUUGACCUUACAUCGGGGUCAAGGCUGGCGAGAUUAAGAAACAAAGCGAAAUCUUUAGAUAACACAUCCGGUUCCUUAACUCUCGAGGAUAAUUCUCUAUCGUCUUCCAUGGAGUCUCUAGAAGCUAAAACAGCAAGUGUUGCGGGGCCGAUGUCUGCGCUAGAGAUGGCGUCGUCAGAUCAAGGACCGCCGUGCCCGCCCAGCUUCCCCCUGCUACUGUCUAACACCUGCGUCCUGUACGGGUCACGAACCACCCUCCAAUGUAAGGUGACAGGAAACCCCGCACCUGAUAUUAGGUGGCUCAUGAACCUCACACCUAUCGAGCCCACCCACAACAUCGAGGUGAGCUACGAGCAGGGCGUGGCCCAGCUGGUCAUCCUAGAGACGUACACGGAGCACGUGGGUGAGUACUCCUGCUGGGCCAGGAACCCCUACGGGAGCAUCUCCACACACUGUCAGCUGACCCUCAGCGUAUCAUCACGAGCCGAGGGCCGAGCCUUUGAGGGUCCCGUGUCCCAGGCCCCACGUGUCGUCUCCCUCUCCCCUCCCAGCGCCUCGGUCCUGUCUGGCACCGUCCUACAGUUCACCUUGACCUACCUGGGAAACCCCGCCCCCUCUGUCAAGUGGUUACUCAACGGGAGAGCUCUGAAGCCAGACGAGAGAGUGUGUAUGCAGACAGACGACACCAGCAGUGUCCUGACCUUUAACCCUGCCCUGCCAGCUGACGCAGGGUCCCUGUCUGCCUGUCUGACCAGCAGUAUUGGGUCUGAUCAAGCUGAGGCUAAAAUCUCCAUUGAGGAUGUGCCUGGGGUGCCUGUAGGUCAACCUCAUGUCUAUGAGAUUGGUUCCACCUCAGCAGCCUUAUCCUGGUGUGGGCCGGUGUUUGAUGGUGGCAGCCCUGUCAUCUACUACAUCAUUGAGGCCAAGACACGGAGCCAGAAGACUUGGGAUGUCUUGAUUCCUCAGUGUAAAGAACUCUCCUGCCACAUAUUUGACCUCAAGCCCUGCACCACGUACCAGUUCCGUGUAUGUGCAGCCAACAUGCAUGGACUGAGCUCACCCUCGGAGCCCUCGGAGAAGGUCAUCACAACUGACCCCUUCAGGUCACCCAGCGACUACGAGUCAGAAGGUCGACCUUUUCAAGGGUACCCUGAAGUUUUUACCCCCACUAUUGAGUAUCGAAGAAGAGAUGAGCUACCGUUUGAACCAAGAGAUGUUAAAGUGAACAUAAAAGAUCAGUUUGAAAAUCUUUAUGAUCUCCAAAAUGAAGUUGGGAAAGGGAAAUUUGGCAUUGUAUAUAAGUGCAAUCAAAAGUCAGACGGAAGUGUGUUUGCUGCCAAGAUCAUCAAAUGCAGAGAAAAAGAAAAAACUCAGCUGAAGAAUGAGAUAGAUAUCAUGAACAAGCUGCGCCAUCCCAAGCUGCUCAUGUUAUGGGACGCCUUUGAGGAACCCAGGAGAAUCAUAUUGGUCAUGGAAUACGUUGGGGCAGGUGAACUGUUUGAGCGAGUGAUCGGGGAAGAUUUUGUCCUCACCGAGCGCGACUGCGUCCACUUUCUGAGACAGAUUUGUGAGGGGGUCUCCUACAUGCACAACCUCAACAUCCUUCACCUUGAUCUCAAGCCAGAAAACAUUCUCUGCGUGGCUGAAAACUCCAACAGAAUAAAGAUCAUAGACUUUGGCCUGGCUCGCUUCUUUAAAGCAGGGGAGAGUGUCAAGGUUUUGUUUGGAACUCCAGAGUUCAUUGCCCCUGAAGUCAUCAAUUAUGAUGAGAUUGGAUUUAGUACAGAUAUGUGGAGUAUUGGAGUCAUUUGCUAUGUGCUCUUAUCUGGCCUGUCCCCAUUCCUGGGUGACAAUGAGGCCGAGACCCUGGCCAGCGUGACCAGCGGAGAGUUUGACUUUGAUGACGAGGCUUUUGAUGAGAUCUCCGAUCAAGCCAAAGAUUUUAUCUCUAAGCUACUGGUCAAGAAGAAAGAGGACCGCAUGUUGACACAUGACUGCCUGUCACAUGACUGGUUGAACCAAGACGAGGUCGACGGCAUACGGUACAAGCGCCUCAACACAGAGAGACUGAAACGCUUCAUGGUCAGGCGCAAGUGGAUGAAAACUGGCAAGGCUGUGCUCGCUGUGGGAAGGUUGAAGAAAAUCCCCAGCCAAAACAACUUUAACCUAAGCAGAAGCAGCAGCCAGGACAGCAUCCUGGGUUCCAGAAGCUCCUCACCUUCAAGACCUGUCAUCUCAGAAUCACCUGGUCAGGAGGGAGAAGCUCCGACCUUGACCCGCAGUGAACUGAUGUCCAGUGAUGACCAUCUUGAUGAAAUUUCACCUAAAAUUGCCCAAAGUUCCAAUGUAAAUGGAUUGGAUGAUAAUUCAGACAUCGGGAAUUCCCAAAGUGAUAAAAAGAACAUUGGGAAUUCCCACAAAGCUACUUCUCUGACAAAAGAAGAAAAUAAUAAAACAAGUGAAGGACGUGCAGUACACAAGAAUCUUAAGGAAAAUGUUGCGUCUGAAAACUCUAAAGAUCUGAGCUCUAUUAACAGUGACUCUAAAUUUAGACGUGACAAAAAGGACAUUUCGCAGGUGAAAGAAACUGCGAGGAUAGCCCCCGCACCUAACACUGUCUCGCCCUCGUUAGCAAAGAAAAAACUGGAUGAUAAACAAUUAGAUGCAGGAACUGUCACAAAAACAUCAGUUCCAGUGUUCACCAAAACUGUAAAAAACUGCAAGGCAUGUGCCGGUGACUCUGCCAGGUUUGACGUCAUUGUGUCAGGUGACCCGUCACCUGACGUCACAUGGUUCCUUGAGGACGAGGAAGUCCAUCAGGAUGACAGGCACACCUUGAAUGCCAACAAAACAACUGGCGCUCAUUCUCUGAUUAUACGAAGCAUCGAAGAAGACGACGAAGGGGACUAUGUAUGCAAGGCCGUUAACUCUCACGGAGAAGUCACAUGUUCAGCAGAGUUAACUGUCCUACAAAUGUGAUCUGUUCAGGAAUCAUUCCAAUAUUUAAUUCCUCUAUUCGGAAAGGAUAUAUUUUCCUCAUGUUAUUUCUGUUGGAAACAAAAAAAAGUGAUUGAUGCAAAUAUUUAUAGAAAAUAUUUUCUUAUCUUGAUUUGGAUAAAAAUGUGCUCCAUCGUACGACUAGCCGAUAAUAAACCAGGUGGAUACUGGUAAAUUUAUUUACAAGCAAACAAAAACAUUGUGUUCUCUGUGGAUAAGGUAUACAUUUAUCUUGAACUAAAAGUAUAUUUUUAUCUGGCAACCAAGUAUACAUAUAUUUGUUAACCAAUAAAUUAUACAUUUAUCUGGCAACCAACAAAGUAUACAUUUAUCUGGCAACCAAUAAAGUAUACAUUUAUCUGGCAACCAACAAGCUAUAGAUUUAUCUGGCAACCAACAAAGUAUACAUUUAUCUGGCAUAAGUAUACAUUUAUCAGACAACUAAUAAUUUACCUUUAUCUAAAAGUAAAUUAAGUAUACAUAUAUCUAGCCAGUAAAACCUGCCAUAUAGGUAGACAAAGUAUCCCAAGAAUACUAUUCAUGGUUCACCAAGCUGCCAGAUUUUUUAAAUUUUGCACUUUUGUUAAUUAGCACAUUAUAUUUUUAUGCCACAUAAACAGUUAAUGGACUAUUUUUAUUUAAUUUGGUUACAUUUUAAAAAUCCAGGCAUAAUAGUUAUGUAUUUAUGAUGCAUCAAUUUAUCAUGUAAAUAGAAGUUGUUUUUUUUUAACCUAUUAGAGUUUAUAAAUUUUUAUUCAAUGUUUAAUUCGCAAAAACAAAAUACAUUUUAUCAACGAUUUCCUUUUACAAUUGUCAGUUCUUUACAAUAUGUGGCUUUAAAAGUUUUUCCUUUAGUUAACAACAAAAACAACCUGAAUUGCUCAGAGUUAUAGAACUUGAAGUGUGUUUGCUCAGUCCCCCAUUUUUAUUUUAUUUUUAAUUUUGUUUUUAUGUGAUUGCAACUUCUUAAUGAUUCUUUGUAAACCAAUUAUGGUUGGUGAGUAUAAUUUAUUUUUGAAUUCUUCACAUUUCAGAUUUUAUUUUAUUUAUGCCCUAUACGACUUGUUUUUAUGUGUUCUAAUUUUUAUGUUUCUGACUUAUUUUUAUGUGUACGCCUCAAACAUAUGCACAAGUCUCUGAUGUGUCUAAACCCAACCAAUGAAAAUU